GUAACAAUGCGACUAAAAAGGAUACUGUCUCUCUUCUGUCUUGUUGAAAAUUGAAGUGAUUUUCCAUCGGAUUUGCAAGACUUUCCCGACCUCCCCUGAUGUAACCACAGGUCAGAAUCAUAACAGUCUGAAACUAUGCAUUCUGCAAUUAAAUGUUUAUGAUUUCAGUGUUUAUGGUCCUGUAGAUCUGUUUGAUUUAUGGAAUGCCAUCCUUUGUUUACUGCUCUGGACACCUUUACCCAAAUCACAGAAUGAGAAGUAUCGUAGCACUGUUUGAAGUGUAAUGUGAGCCUGGAACGACUCUGAAUAUGGCUGGAAGACAUUGCUCGGUGUUUUUAGAGAAAAUAUUUCCCUUGAUCUCAUGUUUGAUGAAUGCUAAUCUGAAGACCUCCAAAGAAGGAGUGGAUCUCUCAACAAGAGCUUUAUCUGCAACACAUCUGACCUGGUAAGUAUAUAGCUUGCACUGUUUAUUUGCUCUAACCAUAACAUCUUAAAAUAUAAAAACAGAUAUGCUUAAUAUUUACAUGAAAUUGCUUUCAAUCACAGUAUCUGUCGCAUUACUAUAUUCUCAUUUCUCUCUUUCCUGUCUAUCAUUUACCAUCUGUAGAUCCUUUUCUGUACAAACCUACCUACAUGUCUGCAAACACAGAUAUGUAUAAAGAGAGAAGGGGGUGGAGGAGAACACAAUCAAUUUAAAUAUUUAUGUUAGACAUGGUACAUAUAAUAAGGACUCAUUUGCAGAGGAAACACGAGAAAAUUCUGGGGCAAACUCUUUAUGGAUGAGUAACUGCCAUAGCAACCAACUGAACAUUUAUCCCCAUAUAUUACAUUUUGCUGUGUGAUUAUUUAAGUUUUUUGUCUGGCUGAAAGGGUAUUGUUUGCUUCUUGUUUUUAUUUUUAUUUGUUUUCAUAGCUUUAAAUCUACAAAGAUGGUGAUAUUGUCAUGUAAUUUUUGUGCAGUUACACUUAUUUACAUUUAGAACUAAGUCUUGUUGUAAAUUGUAAUUAAUUUAUUAAUUUACUAGAGAAACAAGUAAUAUUAUUGGACCAGGUACUAUUCUUUCAGUUGCAUCAUAUAAGUAUUCCAUAGAUUCCUAAAAAAAAAAAAAAAUCUAAGACGCCUCAGAUGCACUGUUAUUAUUGAUUAUAUAUUGCUCAUAUUUGUUAUAAGCUGCAUUGGCUGAUUGAACAACGAAAGUCAACAGUUGAUUGACAUCACUGAUCUCUAAUAUUAUUUUUAACAUUGUUUUAGUACUUGUUAUAGUACUUUAGGAUGUGAUAUAAACUGAUACAUUUUGACAAAAGACAUAGCUAGAAACUGAUCUCAGUCAAUAUUAUUAUAUUUAGAAUAUGUCAACAUCUGCAGCACUGUACAAUAGAUAAAUUAAAUAUACAAGUAAUUUGUGAUAAACAAAUUAAGACGUAUGAACAAACACCCAAUAAAGAAACCAUACAAUCUAAACCAGUUAUGUAUAAUGAAACAAAAGGUAAAUUACACAUUAUCUAGAAGACAGAAUAGAUUAACAGGUGUGUAAUUUGUAUAUAAUUAUUAUAGUGUAUAUAGUAGUUAUAUAAAGGUAUAAUGGGAUUAGCUGAGACUGUGGAAGAAAAGGAGGAAUUAAACAGAUGCAGAGGGAUGAGUUAAUCAAUAAUUUUUUAUGGUUACCUAAAGACUUUUUGGGGGAUUUUUUAAGACAGGAUGCUAAAGGCAAUGUCAGGAAAAGUAUGGAUUUAAUUAAAUAAGUGUAAUAAACUCCUCUAUGUAAAAGAUAGAGCUGCAGAGCCAGCAGAGGACAGUCCAAGGUCACCAUCAAUAGUAUGGAAUUUUGCUGAUAAGAGAUUUAGCUUGGAGUACAGCUGUGGAGAAUCAGAAUUUUAAAAGUAUAAUUUUUAUAUGUGCUAUAGUUAUCCAGAUUAAUAUCGCAUAAUAUAAUUAAAAGGACACUCCAGACCCUUCAAGCACUUCAGUUGGAUGGAUUGCUUUAUGUGUGAAGAAUGUGUUCUCUUUUACGUUUUACAAAAUAUGCAGAUUUCAAUAUAAAUUGUCACUUUUAUAAUUUAACCUGUUACUUCCUGGUUUGGUUAACUCAGUGGAGCUAAACUCAAGAGGCAGCAAUUGUCCAGAGCACUUGUCUGGUAAAGACAUAUCAUUAAACUGACUUGGGAAGUUUAUGAAUGGACAGCCACAGAAAGUUUAGGCUGGGUUAUGGGGGGAGGGUUUGCAAAUGCAAGGGGUCUGCAUUUUUUUGCAAUCUGUUUUUAGUUUUUUCCUCAAAGAAACAUGUCAUAAUUAAAUGUUUAUACAUGGUUUCAUUUCGGGUAUAUCUAUUAAACAAGGAUUUUUAAUUUUGUUUGAAGUUGGGUAGUGGAGUGUCCCUUUAACUAUAAAUGUGAGUCAUCCUUUUUCACCCUUAAAAAUAUGUGGGUUAGUGCUAGCAGUGCACUGUAUAACACUAAUGACACUUGAGGGACGGUUAGACAGCGUGGUAGCUCAGAAGACUUGCAGGAUGGGUUGACAGGCACAUUUUAAUGCCAGCCAAUCAGGACUGCCUAAUUUUAAUGCCAGCCAAUCAGGACUGCCUAUGAUAUCAAGUAAGUAGAAAUCUCUUCUAUAUGCUUCAGAGAGAAAAUAAGCUUACUAGAGUUCAGGGUUGAUAUCUUGUGGUCUUUGGAGGGUAUGUGAAUAAACAUAACAUCACAGCUAUAGAAAUAUAUUUAAAGGGACACUUCACUGCCCAAAUACAAAAUAAAUAAAACUCACUGUUUAGUAUAUAUCCCAAAUGAAAACUUGCAUGCAUUUAAUUAUGCAUUUUUGUCGUUGGAGUUAUAUCUAAAAAACGAUUCUAAAACCUGCUGAUCUUUUGUCUGCUGCCUUUGCAAGUCCUCCCCUUAAAACCCUAUCCACACUUUCUGUGACUGUCAAGUCCCAGACUUCCUAAUGCAGCUCAAUGACAAGUCUUUGCAAGGCAGGCGUGUGACAAAAAUCUGUAUUUUCUUGUCCCAGUUAUUUUCCCUGCAUUCAGUAGAUGUAUCUGCCGAACACUGACCACCCCCUGGCUCAUUGAACUUCAAAGAAAACCACAAUCUUAAGUGCUCUCUCUAUGUAGAAAAUGGCGGCCAUCUUGUCUCCUGAAAGCAGACAGAGGUACCUGGUCAUCGAGUGUCUGGAACUCUAAAGCGAACACUCGACCCCUCGAACACAGGUGAUUUGGUAUGAACACCUGCUUCUUUCCAUGGCAAGCCAGGGGAGCGCUGUUCGAUAGGAUUGUUCACACGAAUAAGGCGAACAAUCGCUACCUAUGAGCCAGGGGAACUGUUCGGCUUUUGGUUCGUUUUGGAACUCCCGAAGGUGACCAACCGUUUCCCCUGAUUCUCUGGAACUGAUUUGGGCAGAUGCCAUGUGUGCGUUCGAUCAAAACUUUACACCGGUGGCGAUUCGGCUGUGUUCGUGGGAUGUGAGCGCUAUUUAGAUAUGUUGGGCGCUCAGAUUCAGGCUAUCCGGAGAUAUAAUAUUUGUAUGGAUUCCUAUGUAUAUUAUAUGCAUUUUGGAUAUUUUAUGUUCUCACAACUUGCUUGGAUUUCAGGAGAGUACAAACUAGAGAACUAUGCGAACGGGCUAUAAUCACUUAAGCCUCUAGCAUUUCGGGAGGGUGCAAAUGAACGUACUUCAUGAAGUACAUGAGGUCCAUUACAAGGUGCUCUGGGCAAUUGAGUUCGCCUCUUGAGUUCAGUGCAACUAUGCUAACCAAACGAGGAAGUAACAGGACAUGUUGUCUGCUUAAAAAGCUAGGGGAGUAACCAGUGUAAUUUAUAAAAGGGUCACUGUGUAUUGAAAUCUGCACUUUUAUCAAAAUGAAAAAAGAGGACACACUCUUCAUACAUAAAGCUCUUUAGCAAGCUAAUGGGCUUUAGGAGUCUGAAGUGUUGUUUAAAACAAAAACAUUAUGCGGUUUACCAAUAUUUUCAACAAAAUCACAAAUAUGUUAGUAUAUUCAUAGCAAAGAAGAGCAUAGAAGAAUUUGGGACUGGGGACUUUAUAACUCAGAGCAUAAUCCUACUCACUUUGAGACAGCAAUAUUGGAGUAUAAGUCAGUAAAGCAGACUAUCACCUGCCUUUAUCAGCUAAUGUUUUUUUUUUAGAGAGACAGACAGGCAGGCAGAGAGAUAAAUAUGUAUAGUUAAGGAACACUUUAGUGUUAGGAAUACCAAACUGUAUUCCCAACUCUAAAGUGUUCCGCUGCCCUCUCUCACUUCCCAUGGAGGAUUUGGAAACACCAGACAUCCUCAUUCAAAGCGUGAAGAUAUCCAGCAUUGUUUCACAGUGUCAAACAGCCAAUAUAGGCAGUUUUAGAUUGCAGGGUUAAGGGGAAAGAGACCAACCUUUGGGACUUAAUGAAGGUUUCUCCUUCUCUCCAUUAAUUUAGAGUCCCCUUUCCUCCCCCUUACUCCCUGUUCUAUUAACUUUAUUAGUUCCAUUAACUAAUUUUACCGGAUUUGACAUAUCCCACCUCAAUGGAUCAUAAUACCUAUUCUGGAUUCUGCUCUUUAUCUAUUUCACUGUCAUUUUUCAAUUGUUUAUUGUUCUUGUUUGCAUCCACUUAUAUCUUUAACAUUUCCUGGCAAUUUAUAUGAGCCUCUCCUAUCAAAUUUGUGUGUAUAUAUAUAUUCUAUAUCCCUGAUUUAUUUGACCCUCUUCACUGUAAGGCAUAAUCUGCUAUCUGUGGACAUAUGGAUGAAAAUUACUUUAUACCUGUCAUGGAGGUUUGGUCAUUAGACACAGAAAAAUUUUCUCUGGUGGUAUAUACCUAAGGUUGCACACAUACAUAUGUGUUUGCCAGGGCUAAUGUACCCUUAAAAUAGAUAAUUUUAACUGAUAAAUUAAGUUAAAUGAUAGAUGAUAGACAGACAGUGGAUAGACAGGUAAGCAUUUGAAUAUGUAUAAUAACCCCCAAAGUUAUUUGAAAAUUAAUUUAUUGAUCCUUCUGUGACUAAAUAGUAUAUGUACUUUUCACUGGCCAUGUGACCAAGCAUUUCAAAGAUUACUUUAAAAAAAAAAAAAUAGAAUUAUAUUAAAGUAAUGAGAGGUCUGUACCUUUAAACCACAUUUGAAAUGUGUAUUCAUUGUUAAUUUUUUCAACAAGGAAAAAUGCAGCUCUUUUUGUGUCUAACUACUGUAACUCUUAGAAUUGGAUUGUAACUCCUACUUACAGAGAGCAAGCCCUGUUUAUUUGCUUAUUUAAAUAAGUCUAUAUGUGAAUCCAUCUCCCACUGGGAUUCCCCUAUUGAAUUAUACAGAUACAAUCCAGUAUAGGUGAGAUUGCAGACUUUUAAGUUCAUUUUUUAUUUUAUUUUUUACCUUACAAUAGCUCUAUAUUAUUUUUGCUGAGUUACUGGUAUAAUGCCUGUUCUUCCCUGAAUCUUCACAAACAAGAUUAUAUUAAAAUUAUUUUAAUGCAAUUGAUUUGUAUCCAACCACCCUACAUAGGCACAAUGCAAAAAAUCCUAAAAGUUAGGGGAAUUGGAUGUAUGCUUACACUUGAAUAGUCAGAGGCUUGGCCUAUUAGGCUUUGAAAUUCAAAUCUGACCACAACCACAUUGGGGUGAAGUGUGUCAACUAAGAAUAUAUACAUUUAACUUUUCCUCCAGUUUACACCUACAUUCAGGGCUUUCUCUCUAUAAGUAGGAGUUACAAUCCAAUUCUACAGACGAAUAGGGGUAAAGCCCCGAGACACCACUGGAGUGUCUCGUUGGUGUUUUAUUUUCAGAGCAGGGGAUUCUGCACUAGCAGACCCCCCUACUCUGAUUAUUUUUCCCUAUAUACUGUAACUCUUAGCAAGCAGUGUGUGUGGCUUGCAGAGGUUUACAGUAGUUGUAACCUAAAGACAUCAGCAGCUUAGUAUUUACCCUACAUGUAUUUAUUUGAGAACCAUAGUCAUAGUACAACUCAUCUACCUGGUAGAGGGUCUAUGGUGCCAGCUUACAAUGAACAUACAUGUGCCCAGGACGUACAGUCAACAAUUUACUCUUUCUAUAAAUAUUUACACUUUGGCAGUAAGUCUGUGCUCUGAGAUUUGAUAAAUAUCACACGUGCACACUCAGAACAGCCAUGGGAUUAUGUGAAUGAUCUAUGUUUCCCAUGGGUGCUUUGGGAGCUUCAUGACACUCUCAGACAGACGGAAACAAGAGGAUGGAGGGAGAGAAGGAGGAGGGAUUCUGCAUUAGGCCUGCAGCAGCUUAAUUUAAUGCUUUCAGUUAUGUGAUCCUUGGAGGAGAAUAGCUACAGGGUUACAAAAUUAUUCCCCCAAACUGGUCCUUUGCAUUUGUUGAGGAUGCGACUGUGUUGCUAGGAUACAGGUGGAGAUAAGGUAUCUUCCCUCAGCUAAGGUAUCCAGGUAAGUAUAUUGCAUGGGAGCUAAUGAUACUGAUCUCAUCACUUGCACAUUGUACCCAAAGUCGAUACAGUGCAGAGGGACAGGGCAGGAUGUAGAGAUUUUAUAAAGCAUGAAGAUUGUGCAGAGCUGGGAAUACAGCCUUCAGAUUAUAGAUGAUACAUUAUGCAUGUGCAUUUGAAAUGUGCUCCUGGUAGUGAAUUUGUCUCAGAUUAAAUUAAAUAGUAUGUGGACAGGAUAUUGCAGGGUUGUAGUCAAGGUCAUGCCUUAUUUUUAUUGUUGCAGUUUCAAGAACUAUGGGAGAUGGUGCUGCCUCUCUAGGUUAGUUAUCAUUCAGGAAGGAAAAUGUUAAAACUGCAGUGAUAUUUCUUUACCUCUGCAGCAUGGUCCAGAGCUGGGCAAUCAUUUAAUGGUGCAGGCUGCUGUCUUAAUCUCCACAGGCAGCAGGAUGUCUUUGCUAUAUGACAUGCUAUCUUUUGCAGUGUGAGAAUCACUAUAGAUCUCUCUGUGACAAUGUUUCUCUUGAAUUAAAUGAACGCUCUUUAGGAAAAUGAUGGAGGGUGACAGGAGGUGGUUUUUAGUCGAAGACUAGAGGUCAUUCUGGCUAGAAACUGCAGAUUGUGCAAUGCUAAAAAAAGUUAUUUAUGUGUAGACACUGUAAUAUUUAGCAAGGUAAGAUACAUUUUAAACAGAUUCAUUAUUUUGAGUCUUGUGUGCCGAGUGUAGAUCUUCCAGUAGAAUUGGUAUAUCUAUUUUGCCAUCAGAGGUUUAAUCUUGUGUUGCCAUAAUUAUGAUAUGUGAUCGUUGAUGUGUAAAUAUUAUAUGCGCACAUUAAUUCUUUCUACUGUAUUUCUCCAGAUGUCCCAACCUAUUGUCCCUGUAACAUUUUGUAAUUGUUACAUUUUCUCAUUUAUAAUAUUGUGAAGCAUUGCAGAGUAAAUUGGUGCUAUAUAAAUGCCAAUAAUAAUAAUUUUUAAUAAACAUGCUUAAAAACAACAGUUUAUAUACAUACAUAUUUCUGUUUAAAGGAAUACUCUAGCAUUCAAACAUAUAUUCCUGAUGCUAGAGGGCUAUACUAACUAUUUUGAUUGCUAGCCCCCCUUUAUUCAAGUUAAGUGAAUAUUGUUGCACUGAGGAUAAGUGAACGGUUAAAAAUGGAAGCAAUGGGAGACCCCAACACUUCCUUCCUUUAAUCCCUCUGGCAACUGUGUUUAGUAGGAAUUAUAUUAAAUCCCCCCCAUAGGACUUCUCACCCACUGCUAUGGAUGAGUGGUUAAAUUACAGGAAAGAUAUAUAUCCUAAGCUAAGCAACUAAAAAAAUAAAAAUAAAACUACCUACCUCAGACCCCCCACCUGCCUUGACAUGGGUAGGGUUAGCUAGUGGUUGCUUGCUAUUAUUAAAGACUAGCUAUCAUGCAGUUAUUGCUACCCAUUUACUAAUUCAGUAAAGGGGUUUCAGGCACAGAUCCACACAGGUGGGUGGAGGGGGGUUGUAUAGUAGUGACCCCACCCCAUGCCUAUAACCUUGGCUAGCAGGAAGUGACUAUUAAAACAAUGCACAGAGGACCUAGUGUACCCCAGGUUAUUAUUUUAGAGCCCCCACCCACCAAUUCAUUCUGCUUAAAUACUGGCUAUCCACCUGUCCUCCCAGCAAUAAUAACACUCAACGCCCUUCUCCUACAGUACCCUUAAUUGUUUCAGUUACCAUUGACUAUAUUAAUUACAAUGUUUUUGCCAUCAGUUUUUUUCUCUUUUUCUUUUUUUUUUCUCUUCCUUCCAUUUACUUCUUUAAAAACAAAAAGCAAAACCUAGCCAUUUUCGGGAACUGCAAUAAUUUUGGACCUUCACCUCAAACCUCAACCCUUAGUCACUUAUGUGAUUUACUGGCGGGCACCAAAACAAAAAGAGUGACAUACUGUAUAUGCCAAUAAAAAUGCAAUAUACAAUUAAAAAAUCAUUAACACAUAUAAGGGCAAAUAUCAGAUAUGUCCAGUAGUAGGAAUGGGGAUACUAAAGUAAUUACUGAACGUUAUCAGUUACUUAGAACCAUGACACUAUUUAGUCAUUAGAAUUGCACAGGAAAUGUAAUACAAUAUAUAUGGGUGGACCGAGGACAGAAUAAGGAUACCAAAGCAUAAAACAGCAUGGCAAAAAUAUUAAGCAGGUCAGUCAAAUCUACCACCUCAGCACAGCACAAUGCCCAGGGGUCAAGUCCUGGGGGGGAAAAGCGUGGGAACUCACCCAAGAUCACCCCACCACCACCACCACCCAAAAGCAUCUUCACCUGUGUACCUCUUAACCAGUCUUUUGUUUCUUAUCCCCUUUUAGAUAUAUAUUGAGAUAUAGGCUCCAAGAACCAUUUAGUGUAUCUUACCCCUAUUUUUCCCCAUUGUAUGUCUUACACCUCCCUUGUGUAUCUCUUACAACCCCCCUUUGUGUGUCUUAUUCACCCCAGCCCCUUUGUGUAUCUCUUUCUCUCCCAGCCACUUUGUGUGUUUCUCUUUUACCACAAGCCCGUCUAUCUCACCCCAGCCCCUCUGUGUCUCUUUUUCCUCUUCUCCAGCCCCUCUGUGUCUCUUCACCCUUAGCCCCUUUGUAUUUCCACCCCAGGCCCUUCUGUGUGUCGAUUUCAUCCCCAGCCCUUUUGUGAACUUUCUCACCACAGGCCCAUCUGUGUGUCUUUCUCCCUCCUCAGGCCAUCUGUGUAUCUUUCUCCCCACUCAGGUCCCCCUUUGUGCCACCAUCCCCUCCAUCUCCCGUAGUGUUCCUCUCUCCUCCCCUCUAUGUUCAUUAGUGUUCCUCUCCUCCCCUUACCUGUCUCUUAGUGCCCCCCUCUGACUCCCAUCAUGCUGAGCCCCCACUGGACCCCAGGGAAAGUCACCUUCCUGCAAAAGGUAGGAAACAGGAGGGUGACUUAAACAUUUUGUGUAUGUGUGUGUCUCUCUGUGUGUAUGUAUGUGUCUCUGUAUGUAUGUGUGUGUGUGUGUUUAUUUAUGUGUCUCUGUAUGUGUGUGUCUGUAUGCAUGUGUGUCUGUCUGUAUGUAUGUAUGUGUCUUUCCGGGGGGGUCUGUCUGUACGUAUGUGUGUGUGUGUCUGGGGGGAGGGGCCAUGGAUAGGGGCACAGCAUGGAUCGGGGGGGGAGGGGGCCCACGGAUCAGUUUUGUACCAGGGCCCCAUAGAUUGUGUGUACACCACUGGUCCAUAGUGUUCUUUCCCUCCCUCCCCUUUCCAAUAGUGUGUUUUACCCCUCCCCUUUCCCAUAGUGUUCUUUCCCACCUCCCCUGUUCUAUAGUGUUCUUCCCCCCCAUUGUGUUCUUUCCCCCCUUCCCUGUCCCAUAGUGUUCUUCCACCCCAUCUCAUUGUGUUCCUUACCAACCCCGUCCCCCAUCCCAUAGUGUUCCUUACCACCCCACCUCCCCUUUCCCAUAGUGUUCCUUACCGCCCCACCUCCCCUGCCCCAUAGUGUUCCUUACCACCCCCCCUCCCCUGUCCAUAGUGUUCUUUACCACCUCCCCUGUCACAUAGUGUUCUUCCACCCCAUCACAUAGUGUUCUCCUAACCCCCCCCCUCACCCAUCCCAUUGUGUUCCUCUUACUACCCCCCUCCCCCCGUCCCAUGGUGUUCUUCCUUACCACCCCCCACCCAAAAUGUUCAUCUUUACCACCCACUCUCCCUGUCCCAUAGUGUUAUUCCUUUCCUGUACUCUGCCGGACUGACAGGAAGUGCUCUCUCAGUGAGCACUUCCUUUCAGUCCAGCCAGGAACAGGAAACUGAAGCUCCUGGACCACGGUGCACACUGCUCCGCUCGGCCACACUACACAACAUUGAUUGGCUAAUGGAGUAGGUGUGGCAAGCAUAAGAAAUAUGGAGGAAAUUAUGCGCAAAAAAACCCAAAAAAUACAAAUUCACAUUUGCCUGGCAAAUGUGUGACUGGCAGGUCACUCUGAUCUAGUGCCCCCCCGGGCCAGUGCACACUAAGAUGGCCGUUUGUGCCGCCUUAUGUACGUGCCGGCAGUGUCUGCAGGACUAACGGCAAUGGCGUAACUGCUGUGGAAAAAGUGCAGGAAUGCUUUUCCCAUGCGUUCCUGUAGGAUUCGAGCCCUAACGAUGCCCCUCAGUUAGAUAAAAAGGAUAAUAGAACAUGUGUAUAGAUAUUGCACUAGCAGACCUAAAAAACAAACAAAAAACUUUAUUAGCCAACAUGUAAUCACAAUACAUCCAAGAGUAUAUGACAACUAAGUAAAAAAAAAAAAAAGUGUUCUAUACAUGUGAGUUAAAAGUUGGUAGAGGUAUGAGGAGAAUCCAGAUUGUCACAUCACUGGACAGCAGAGAUAUAGGCUCCAAGAACGCUGGAAGAUCUUAAGCCCAUCAUAUAGCAUGCCACACCCCCACCUCCCCCCCUUCGCUGCAAGUUAGUAACAUGCCCAUUGGUCAUCUGGAGCAGUGAUGCCUAAAAGCUAGAUCCCCAGAUGUUGGAGAACAAUAUGAUGCUUUUGCAUGCCUUUAAAAUGCUUCCGAAUGACUAAGUAUCAUAGAAGCUGUAGUUUAAAAACAUCUGGGCACCUUUAGGGCUCCCCUGUUCUAGAGUGACAUUGAAGAGGUUCUGAUAGAAGGAUAUAAAUGAUCCCUGGAAUUGUCAUGUUUGUCAGCAUUUAUCAGCUGCUUUGUUACUGUGAAAGAGUGGAGACAACAAAUAACAUAUUUUGGGGGACCAUCAGGUCUCGGAGACCUUAUAAGGACACUCUGAAACCCUAGAGCAGUUUAGCUUGCUGGAAUGCUGUAUGUGUGAAGAGUGUGUCCUCUUUUUCAUUUUACAAAAAGUGCAGAUUACAAUAGAAAUAAAUUAUACUUGUUAAAACCACUUGGCUUUCAAGCAGACAACCAGUCCUGUUACUCCCUGGUUUGCUUAGCUCAGUGGAGCUAAAACAAAAUAAAAUGUAAAGUUGUAAAGUCAGAGAGUUUGUCAGACUGGAGUAAUCCCAAAAUAAUGAACAUUACAAACCAAAACGAGAGAACAAGGAAAACCCCAGCUCAAACAAUCUAAAACAUAACUUUUAAUAUUCAUAAUGAACAUACGCAUAUUAAAUAAGCAGAAAAGAAUCUUGAUAAAGUCCUAUAGAUAUAUAUCAGAUGUCUUACAGACAAAACAGAAACAAAACAAUGUGUAUGGAUACUAGAUAAAUCAAUAUCAAAGGACUAAUCUGAAAACAAGUAUCUUAAUCCGUUUAGGCUUAGUUAUGAAUUAUGGGCUAAAAACACCCAUGUAUUAAACAUCAUAUUUACAAUAUUAAAGGGUGCUGGAGUACACUGGAGCUGCAAAAACGUAGUGCAGACAGCGUGGUGAGUGACUCUGAGACCUGUGUGGAGUACCAGGCUUUCAAUUUCUGACCAUUUUCAUUCUAGACUGCAUUGUGUCAGAUAGCAUGCACAUCUGAUAUAUAACAGAAUUUAGCAAUUAAAACACAUUAUAAAGAAGGAUUGUUAUAAUUGUGCAGUGGUAGAAGAUAGGAACAGCUUGUACCUAGAUGCUGAGAUAAGGAUAGCUGUGAUUAAUUACAUUAUUACUAUAUAUAUAUAUAUAUAUAUAUAUAUAUAUAUAUAUAUAAGGAACAUAUAAACAAAAACAAAAAAGAACUGAUAGACUAUGAUGACAGAUAAGAAAUUAUCUAGCCGAUCGUACAUACAUUAAAGCAGCACGUAGAUUUUAUUACUGUUUGUAGUGUAAGUGUGUGUGGAACUAAGGAUUUAUUUGCAGCUAGUAGAUCAAUACCUUUUUAUGUAAUGAAAGACGGAUAGUGGUUAUAAGACAAAAACAACACUUUUAUCAUAGUUACUUCCCCAUUGAAUCUUAUCAUAGACAAUAACUGUUCAUUCAAGAAUUUCUUCUACUGGGCCCCAAUGAUUUCUAUUAGUGGUCAUGGCCACAUACCAUAAGGAGCACAGCAUGUGAAAUACUGCAACCUCUGUUUUCGUAAAAAAAAAAUUCUGCUGGUCCCUGCAAGGAAAUGCUCAAAGAAUGUAUGUAUUUAUGAUAUUACAGAUGGUUUAAGUCUGCAUCUGGAAAAUUGUUGUACAUACUGCAUUGCCUCUAUAGAUAAUUCAUGGGAACAUGGUUUUCCCUUGUUUUUUUUUCGGAACAAAAUCUCAACAUCUUGUAACUUAGCCAAGAUUUUCAUGACAAACAUAAUAUUUUAAGAGUAUUUGCUUACAGGACUGAUGCAGCUUUGUGUGUUUAACUGCAUGGUUAAUAUAUUAGAGCUAUAUUGGCACUAUUUUAGGGUAAAGUGAGGCAUUUGGGGGGAGAAGAACAUAUUUUUUAUUUUUCCCCCCUUAUAUUUCUAACAAGUAUGUCAUAGCUAAAAUCCCUGCAAAAAUUAUUGUUGAUCGUGCCAGAAAAAUAGUAUUUUAUUUUUUUAAACCUUAUGCUCUCUGCUUGUUUUGCAGUGAUACUUACAAUUUCUCCUUAAAGGGAAACUAUGGCACCAUAACAUCUUUAGCUUAAUGAAGCUAUUUUAGUGUAUAGAUAAUGUCCCUGCAGUAUCAAUGCUCAACACUCUGCAAUUUAGGAGUUACAUCGCUUUUAUUUUUGUUUAUGCAGACUUGCCACACCUCCCCUCAUGUUGAAUCAGAUAUUAUAAUACAGUUUUUCUUUAGAUAUUAUAAUGCAGUUUUUGUUUUCUUUAGAAGUUUGUAUAUCCUACUUUGUGAAUUCAACUUUAAUCACACACACGAGGCUCCUACAGGCUCUAGUUUAACAAAAUAGAUCUCUCUUUACAAAAGCAGCAAAAACAGGAGGUAACACAAUGCACAGCUUAGUAGAUAAGGCCCACUUCUGGAACCACACUUUUAUUCGAAGAGCAUACGCCAGACAGAUGGUUUGGGACUUCCUCAGUGUACAAAUGCUCUUUUCAUCAGCUAGGGCUGCUACUUCCAUAUGAGCCAAAGCAAUGAUGGGUAGCAUUAUUACACUGAGAGUGUCAGCUGAACUCUCCAAACCUAUUGUGACGGACCGCUGGCACUCCGACUGAGUACCUCCACCAAUCGAUGCUCCUUGCGCUUGCCUAGGACUCCGAGCACUCCAACCGACACCAUCAGCACAGUAGACCCCACUUCCAGCGAUGCUGCUGCGCUGGGGUCUUGCCGUCUCUCACCCACCCUGGAUCCACGACCAGAAUCCAGCUCCCAGUGGGUGAGCCUCUCCUAAAUCCAGAGAGCGUAGCAGGAACAAAUCAAGCUCUUACAAGAGCUUACUCUGGGGAGUAAGUGAUUAUAGCAAUCCCCAGAGUGUAGAUAUCCCUUCCCCCAAGCAUGAGCCAAGGCUUCAAGAAAUGUGCAAGUAGGUCUGGUUUAUUGAGGGCUAACUGCCCGGUAUUUAUGCAAGUGUCCACCUGAUGGAACAAUGGGACACAUAUUGGAUAUUAGCCAAUCACAGACAAUACAAACAAAACACUCCCACAGUGACAUCACAAUCCCUCCUCUCUAUCCUAGAGAUAAUUGGGAAGUAAUCAAAUUAUCUCCCAGGACAGAGGCAACAAUGUUACAACUAGAAAAGCUACAAUUUCUGGGGAAAUUGUGUGAAGUGUUCUUGCCUCCACCAGUAGUCUACAACUGGAGUGGGCGACGUAACUGUUAUCAUUUAUAUAACACAUUUAAUUGCAAUGUUGUUGCACAGUUACAUUAAACCAUACAUUUAUAAAACAUUAGCAGGUGUUCAAAAGGCCCUGUCUAUGACAUCACUUGCUGCUGCAGCCUGACACAGGUCAGAGUAUUUUGGCGGUUGCCAUCUUCAAACGGUCGUAUUUUAAAAACUAUAAAUCCUACAGCGAAGAGCUUUAUAUUGUGAGAAUCACAAGACCCAGACCUACAUUUUGAUGCAUGUAUGUCUCUGAAGUAUUAAAAAUGAAGGCACAGUCGCAGUUUAGAAAUUGCACUUCAAAUUUGAGCUUUGUAGAGGGAAGUUUCAAUGAAUGUCAAUGGACGGCGUUAGUUGCAAACAAAUGAUUAUAUUGUGAAAACUAUCAGGACUAUGGCUUAGCCGUUGACAUGUUUAGUGGCAGCAGGGAUAGCUGAACGUUUUGAUAUAAGAUUUGUGUAGGUGGGCCUGAAAAUAAGGGAGUGGUGGCAGUUUAGAAAUCAUGUCCUGAUUUUUCAGCUUUUGCCAGCUCCCACUCUAGCUUUGCCAUUCAUUCCUAUGGGACUAAUUUCGCCACAAGAACGACGAUAUUCCGUGAACCAUUCGGCGAAACGUUCCACAAAGUAAUAGCAAUCCGAUCGGGAACAAUCUGCACAUUUUGGUAAAUUUUUGUCUAUGUAGUGUAAAAACUGUGGGAGGAGUUAGGGUGGCAAAUAUUGCUAUAAUAAUACUAAUAACUAGAAAAGUUACAAUUUCAGGGGAAAUUGUGUGAAGUGUUCUUGCCUCCACCUGUAGUCUACAACUGGAGUGGGCGGAGUAACUGUUAUCAUUUACAUAGCACAUUUAAUUGCAACGUUUUUGCACAGUUACAUUAAACCAUACAUUUAUAAAAACAUUAGCAGGUGUUCAAAAGGCCCUGUCUAUGACAUCACUUGCUGCUGCAGCUUGACACAGGUCAGAGUAUUUUGGUGGUUGCCAUCUUCAAACGGUCGUAUCUUAAAAACUAUAACUCCUACAGUGAAGAGCUUUAUAUUGUGAGAAUCACAAGACCCAGACCUACAUUUUGAUGCAGCUUUUGGCAGCUCCCACUCUAGCUUUGCCAUUCAUUCCUAUGGGACAAAUUGCACCACAAAAACGACGAUAUUCCGUGAACCAUUCGGCGAAACGUUCCACAAAGUAAUAGCAAUCCGAUCGGGAACAAUCUGCACGUUUUGGUAAAUUUUUGUCUAUGUAGUGUAAAAACUGUGGGAGGAGUUAGGGUGGCAAAUUUGGCUAUAAUAAGAAUAAUAUAUAUGUGAGAUAACAAUAAGUGUUCUUGCAAGAACACUUAAUAAUAUAUAUGUGAGAUAACAUUAAGUGGUCUUGCUAUGCAAGAACACUUAAUUACUACAUAAAACAUAUACAUGCAACAUAUCCCCAGAUAGCUUAGAUCUGAGUGCACAUUAUUACCAAAUGGCGCUCAGAUCACAUACAUACAGUUCAAUUGCCAUGGAGCUAAAGUCUUUUCCAUAGUCUUUCAUUACACGAAUAGGCUCCAUGGCAUAGCUAUCUGGGGUAGCACUACUCACAUAAUGAAAGUCCCGAACGCCCCGGCAGAAAUACACAAAUAAACCUUUCUCCAGGGUAAAAUACAGCUAUCAGCACAGGGGCCAUAGUCGGAAGGCAGGAGGCUAGCCAGUAGUCCCCUCCAGGUACAAGUGGCGAAGAGCACUUCGUCACACCUUUCAUUAUAGUCCAUUUCCAGUAUACAUUUUCACUGACAUACAAUCCGCUUUACCCAAACCUCUAGCGGGUGUGCACAGGGACCUCUAUUCAUUAUUGUAUUGUAUUAACAUCUUAAAGACCAGUGAUGGUCUAUCUUAUCAUAACAUUCUCUUCUUUAAGAUCUUGUUUUAAAAUGGGAUGUCCCACUCAAAUAUCAAUAAUAGGGCUGAAAUGGCAUGAAGGCAAUAUUUAACAUUUGAUCCUACACAGAUUGAAUGGGAGUGGGAGGUGCCGGACAAUUGACCCUAUCAUUUUUUUCCCCCGUGACACAUUUAUAACAAAAUUGGGAAGAGACAGCAAGAUACUUUUAAGGGUAGAUUGAGGAUGUGAUGCAUAUAUGUAUAUAAGAUAGUAGGAUAAAGCUAGGUUUUUAACAGAUAAAAACUAGCAGACAUGGUGAUCUGAUCCACAAUGUAUCCUGUUCCAGAAGUAUAUGCAGGAAAAAUAAUUGUAAAAUGGAUUGUUGCGCUUUUGAGAUCAUGGUGGUAAGUUUAAACCUUAGUUUUUAACUCCUUCAAAACCAAGUUGUUUUUGAUUGAAAACAAUAAUUGUUACGUUGCUUAAGACAAUGUAUGGGUACAGCAAUCUUUUGUAUAGAAUGAUGUUCAAGCAUGCCCAAUAAAAUAUGUUUCUGUAAGAAGACAGCAUUUACAUGUUUUAAAGGGCUAUUCAUCACUUGACAAUUGUUUUUAAGCCAGCAAGCAAACACUUUUAAACAAAUAGACAAACCAAAAUAAAGCUAGAAAAACUUUGAAAAGUAACAAACGUUUAUAAACUUACUAUAAACCUGGUCAUAUUGUGGUAUUGAGCAUGCCCUUCAGCAAGGGGCGUUUCUUCAGUCUCCCCUUUCUUUUAUACUACCAUCUCAGGUUCAGAUCAGUCCACUAAUGACAGCAACAGGAAAAGAUAAGCCCAACACAGAACCUGCUUUGUAUGAAUCACACAGAUCAGACUCCCUCUCUUUUCAACCUGCCAGAAUGUUGCAAGAUAAGGAGAUAUUUUCCAGCUGCACAUGUGUAAAUCUGUCAGUGAUGCCCAAUGCACUUUUCCAGCAUUCCUAGGGAUAGAAUAUUGAUUGGUUAGUGGAGUAGGUGUGGAAAGCAUAAGAAAGAAGGAGGAAAUUAUGCGCACAAAAAAAAAAAACAACACAUUUGCCUGUUUUUUCAGCCAAAAGCUUUUAAAUAAGACAGUUGUCUCAAAAUGAUGCAUGUCCUUAUAACUUGUACAUCCAUUUGUUGGAUAUUAUGUGAAGGUCCAAAGUAUUACAGAUUAUGUGCCAACCUUUGUUUCACAAAUCAGGGUCAGGGAAAUUUGUACAGACAGUAGGUAAGGAACUAAACUGCCAAUAGCAAUGUUUAAAUUUAGUAUUGUAAUAAAAUCUGCUGGCACUUUUGGAAAUUAAGAUGCUCUAAAUGCAAUAUAUAUCUGGGUGAGGACAGUACUGAUUCUGAGAAGAAGGUGGCUUAUUUAUUAGAUGGAAUUAGUAACAGAUUUCAUUAAAGUAACACUGUAAGCACAAUAACCACUACAGUUUGCUAGUGGUUAUGGUGCCAGGAGUGCCUUGGUAACUCCCAGUGAAAGUAGUCAAACCAUUGGAUAAUGGUUUGAUUGCUUACCUGUUGUCUAACAGGUGUCACUCCCCACCUCUCGUCUUCCUGUCUGAGAGCUAUAAGCUCCUGUUUCCAUUAGCUCCCUUAAGCUUCAGCUAAUUGCUUUCAUCCAAUAGGUUAAGCCCUGCUCAGCCCAGCUUAGCUCAGGAAGAGAGUUUAUGGCUUUCAGACCAGAAUGGGAAGGGGCAGGAAGUGGUGCCCAGCAUACCCCAGGUAAGAAGCCAGGCUAUUAGAAAAUAGUUUGACUACUUACAUAUGGGGGCAGCAAUGCCCUCCUGACAACAUAUCUAGUGUAGUUUACUGUAGUGUUUAUGUUGCUUGGAGUAUCCCUUUAAUUUAAUUGCAAUCUCAUAAAACACAGUCAGGUGAAUUUCAAAUGUAUGUUCAAAAGAGCUAAACUGUAAAAAUUCUACACCUCACCUAUGCUUCAAAUUUACUACUCUGGCCUUAAAAUUUUAAUUAAUUUAGAAUUCAAUUUAAAUAAUCCUGUUUAAUUUUAAUUGUAUCACCUGCUGAUCUUCAAAAUAAGAGAUACAAUGGAUAUAUAAUAUGCACUUAAUUCAAUGAACUGUUAAAAAGCAGAGAAAAUAAAUCUGUUCUGUUAACAAGGAUCUCCAUUUUUUUUUAAAUUUCCUUUACUACGACAUGAUUAAAAUAACUAAAAAAACAAGACAAACUGUCUGCAGUAUUUUACAUGAGAGCGAAAGAUCUGUUCAUAUUGCUGCCCUAAGCUCUUUGGAAGUUUGUCUCCAAUUUUAGAAACAAGUAGAUUCCUUUCCUCUGAUUUCAGAUUUAUACGAUGAAUGAAAUUACCAUGGAGGCGGAAACAAACAGUGAUGUACCCCAGCAGAACCCAUUUAUGCUCUUUUUUUUAGUUUUUGUCUUUUUUGGUACUGGUCUUAUUGGAUUCCUAAUCUGCCAUGUCCUUAAGAAGAAAGGAUACCGAUGCCGUACGUCCCCUGAGGAUCUAGACUCUGACAUCAAGGAAGCUCUAAAUGAGGAACAAGAAAGUGAGUAACAGUGUAUAAAGUACAAUGUAAAUAAAUAACCAUACCAUGUUAUGUAGACAAGUGAUAUUAACAUGCAGUUAAAUGUCCAUUAUGCAAGGUCAUUAUUAUUAUUAUUUUUUAAAUAAAAUACAUUCCCAAUGCUAAUUCAAUAACAAGGGUUGUGUAUUAUUAAGUAAGAUUGCACAGAAAAGGAAAGGCACAUGGGUCACUGGUAUUAACUUGAAAAGCUGAUGUAAGAUACAGACAGAGGCUAAAUACUUCUGAUAUAUUGUAUUACCAAUAAUUAACUCUUUUGUGACAAAAUACCUAAUAAAUAAAAUAAAAUGAUUUUCUUAAAGGGACACUCUGAACCCUUUAAGCACUUUAGCUUGCUGAAAUGCUUUAUGGGUGAAGAGUUUGAUUGUUAAUUUACAAAAAGUGCAGAUUUCAAUGAAAAAUUGCACUUUUUAUAAAUUAAGCUUGUUACCAGGGUCAGAUUUACAAGUGCCAUUUGGUCUACAAAGUUGUUCACAUUAUUUAAGAAUGUCCAGAUUUUGCAAUUCAAACCCUGAACAGGCCCUAAUUUGGUCUGGAUUACAGCUGCAGUCGAACCCAGAGGCUUCAAAUCUACAUGUUAGAAUGACAUUCUCCUGUAAUCUUGGAGCCGAACCAAACACUAAUCUUAGCAAAGAGGUUGGAAGUUUUGUUGGUUGAAAUUUGGUCACAGCUAUUUCCACCCAAAUCUCACUGCAGCAAAGACAUCCUUUUAAAAAAUAAUAAGGAUCUAUUUGGUUGAAUGCAAUAACAGUUUUUUUGAAAAUGAAUACAGUGAACCUCAGAGGAAAGAGCAGACCCGAAGAGAAUUGAACUGAAUGAAAAUGAUGGAAUUUCCCCGAAGUGGGAUACCAGAGGGAAGGUUUAAGACAGUAGAACAGUGGUCCCAAAUAAGGACAAAAAUAAUCCAGUGUAUUAUUAAUAGUUUAGUUACUUGGGGCCUUUACUACUGUGCUCUGAAACAAAAUAAUUCUUGUAUUGUAUUUGUAUUUUUUCUCUCUUUUUUUUUCUUAGGGUUUAUGUAAAUAUACUGCCUAGCGGACUGUAUCUGAUUAUGUCUUCCAAUACAAAAGAAUAAUUUUUUAAUGUUAAAUUUACAGGGUUAUUCACUAAAGUAAGAAUUCAAGGCGAAUUUGUAUUAAAUUUCUAAUUUAAGGGGAAUAUAGCCAAAAUGAAAAAAAUCUCUAAGUUGGCUACACAUUCUUUUUUUAUUAUGGCAUGAAAUAUUCACUUAACUUAUUUUUUUAACUUAAUGAUUAGACCUUACCCAUGUUACUUUUUUGACACACACAUUCUAACACAUUCACACAUUAUUAUUUUUAUUUUAAUUUAGUGUCUGCACCUUUUCAAUAGGUUAAUCUACAUUGGGGUAUGUAGGCACAUGCUUCAUUACAUUUUUUUGAGGUUGUCUUGCUGGAAUAUAUAUUUUAUUUCCUGUAUUUACGUUAUUAUAAAAGAAAAACACACACACACACAAACACACACACACAUCUGUAUCAACAAUACAGUGCAUUAUUAGUGAAUGACAUAGUGAUAUCGGAAUGUUAAUAUCUGGUUGCACAUAUACAAAGGUAUUUUAGGGUUUUCCCAACAAGUGAGAGAUCUACAUUGGUAUUGUAUCAUAUAAUGAGUCGACAUUAGUCACAGUACAUAAAUGUGUGUGGUACGGUAUACAUAUAGUGAUAUAGAAUGACAUCAUACAGCAUAAGCAGUAACAAGAUAACUUGGAUUAAGGAAAGAGAAAGGGGGCAUGUGAGACACAUAAUGUAGAGCAUAUGUUAAGCACUGGGGAUGAGCAAGUGACAGGGUGGUCUUAGUGGUCUCAUCGGGUGGGUAGAAGUUUUAUUGCUGCAUCAAGGGCUGGUAUAUUUUCUUUAGAUUUUUGCCACUCUUCUAUGUGCUAAUGUAAGUUCAAGUUUAGAUGAGUUGAAGUUUUUUUAGGGCUUUGUUUCUCUAUCUAUUUGUUGUUCAUCUGUACAUAUCCUGUUAGCAUUCAGUGUUUUUUUUUCCUCUACUCUCAAUUUUAUUAACCUGAGUGGUUUUGCCAUAGUAGGCAGCCUGCAGUAUACACUUACUCUCUGGCUUAUUUAUUCAUAUAUUUUCACCUUCGUUUUGUGGGAAGACAUUUAUAUUGACUAUUACAGUGUUAGGUGUUGUUUUUGCUUUGAUUUAUGAUAUAUUUAAAUUAAGCGUACAGUAUGUGUGUGUGUAUAUAUAUAUAUCUUUAGUCUCUUCCCUGCCUUUUCUUUUAUUCCUUCUUUGGUUACGGCACAUCUAUUGAUCUCUUUUCAUUUUCAGGUAUGCAUUCAGUUCAGUUACUCUGGCCUUAUAUAAAUACCAGUAAUAAUAAUAAUAAUAUGUAAAAUUCACUUUAAAUUCUCACUUUAGUAAAUAACUCGCUAUGUCAGGGCUUGACAAAAUUGUUUAGAAUUUAGGAGUCCAUUUUUUUUUAAACUAACAAAGCUUUAUUUUCAAUGACAAAAAAAAAACUAUUCUUAAAGGGACACUAAAGGGACAGUUUAAUGUAAUGGUUCUGGUGUCUAUAGCCUGUCCCUGCAGGUUUUUCAAUGUAAACACUGCCUUAUCAGAGAAAAGUAAGUGUUUACAUUGCUGCAUAGUAACACCUCUUGUGAUAGUCACUCAGACGGCCACUAAAUAUGUUUCUUAGUUCUAUGUACAGCAUCUCCUUGUUCUGCAUAGCAUAACUGGAUGUUCUCCAUAAAGAUGCAUUAAUUCAAUGUAUCUCUAUGAGGAUAUAGUGAUUGGCGCAGAGUGUGCCUAUUUAGGUCACACAGCAGAGGAAGAAGAGCAGGAAGAUGACAGCUCCCUCACCGCCCAGCUCCAUUUUCCCUCAGCCACCUGCCACCAUUCUCCAUCAGCCACCCGCCUCCAUUUUCGCUCAGCCACCCGCCUCCCUCAGGAGAACAGGCUGAAAAUCACAUAGGAGCGAGGGCAAAAUUCAUAGUCACAAUGGCUCCCUGGCAUCUGGGAUUUGUCAAGACUUGCUUUAUAUUUUUAUUUGAGAAGCACCAUAGUGUAGCUUCAAAUUUGCCUCUUUAUUUUCAUGAAAUUAAGAAAUAGUCCAGAGCUACAACAUUACUUUGCACAGGGCUAUAGAAAUCGAAUAUCCCUCAGCUAUUGUUAAAAAAAUCAGGAUAACCUGGAAGUUCAGCUGCAUUUUUAGCAUCAACAGCACCAAAGCAGUAGUGUGGCAGUUCUAUAAAUGUUGUUACACACAUUUAGAACAUGAGCAUAGCUUCAUGGGCUAGAUAAUAUGUCAUGUAAUCUAUACUUUGAAUGUGUAAAAUACACUGCAUGUUAGAUGCUAACAGCACCAUCAUGUGUAAAAAUGUAAAUGGAGACGGGCUCAAUAAUUUGUAUACUCCUGUUUACUGUGCACUGCUAAUUAGUGUUUUAGUACUGCAGCUUUGUACAGUGGAACUAUCCAUCACACCAACAUGCACUCAUUGAGACACAUACUAUUUAAUCAACACACAUUUUCAAUGAAAGACACAUUCCCUCACUGAUACACAUACACACACUGACAAACAUUCACAGAUAUACACACUCACAGACACACAAGCAAAGACACUCAUUCACUGACAGACACACACUCACACACAAGGACACGCACACAUGCACUCAAUUACAGACACAGGUAACUGACAGAGACAGACUCUCACUGAAUUUACAUACAUGCACGGACACACACUCACUGACAGACACACACAUUCACAAUUUAUUUUUAUUUGUCCACCCAGUCUCCCUACUUUUGGGAAAGCUGGAGUGGAUCCUUUUCCUGAGGUCCAAUGUGGAUCCCUCUCCCUGUGGUCUAGGGUGGCUGCUAUGAUCCUGUCAUCUUCUUGUUCUGUUCCCAUGUGCGCCGUUUAGUAUUGCCGGAGCCAGAGUGACAUCAUAUUCCAGAUCUUAGCAUCACUGCAGGGCUCGCAAGAGAGCAGGAAGAUUAAAUCUCCAUUGCCGUCCACUAAAUUUGAGCACAGUCACGCACCUCAAUGGGGCCCUAAGACAGCCAGUUCUUUGGCCUCCUCCAUGACAGGCAGGACAUAGGGAGCCUGGUGAAAGUUGCAGGGGUGUCAUAGAUUGUGUUUGGGUGUGGCAUUUUUUUCUGCCCCUCCUGGAAAGUGGUGCCCAAGGCAAAUGUUCAAUAUCUCAAUUAUGUGAAGAAAAAGAAUACACUCACAAGGAUAGAGCCUCCAAAUAGCUCUUAGAUAAGGCUCGGAGAGGUAUAAUCCUCACUCAGGGAUGAAACUGGAAUUUUUCUCUUUGAGUGUUCACAAUGGAAAUGGUAUUUAAAAGGAUAAAAACAGGAUAUAGUGCUCACUGUUUCAAACCAAAAAAAGUGUGUGGAAAAGUAUGAAAAUUACUCACAAUUUUAAGAGCACCUUAUUAGCUUAGGUUGAAUGAUCCCCACCAAGGAUAUAGUGGUAAAUGUUAUGAAUGAUAGUCCGUGGCGAUGCUCCUUUAAGAUGAUAGAAUAAAUGCAGGAUAAAAAAUAUACAAAAAAAAUAACUUUUUUAGGGUAAAAACAAUAUUUAUUGUAAAUAUAAGCAAAUAAAAAAGUCCUUCUGAAUAGUCACAACCUGUUUCACCAUUGGGCUUUCUCAAGUGAUCAAAAGUUUGAUCCUGGUUUCAAGUGAUCAAAAGUUUGACUCCUGAACAUGUAAAGGCAGUGGUAUGAAAUAUUGUAUAAAGUACAAAAUAGGCUAAAUAUAACAAAUAUCAAGUAUAUUAACAAAAUGUAAAUUACAGAAAGGUGGAAUUCAACUGCUCUAUUUGUAACGUGGACUUUGCAAUAACUGCUAUGCUGUUUGUGUUUGGGGGUGAUUUAUUUGCAUUCCAUGCAAGUUAUGUGUAAAAUGAGAAUUAGAGGUUGCUGUUGAAGUAAAGUAUAGAUAAAAUGUGGGUACUGUUUGCCUGAAGAGAAUUGUGUGUGGUGAAAGUGAUGUGUGAAAUAUGUUUUAAGAUCUAAAUGAAGCAGAUCCUUUAUUUUAAUUCAGGCUCCUGGAACAAGACCAAUUUUGUCAUGUUUAGGCAGGGGUGUCUGCAGCAUAAGAGGGACACCUCCAGAACCAGGGCUGGUGACUGCAGCAUGUGUGACUGCAGCAUGAGAGGGACACCUCCAGAACCAGGGCUUUGGCAGUGGCCUAGGGCGCUGGCUUACGGGGGGCGCUGCAAGAGAAAUAUGCGCACAGCUGGUGCUGCCGAAUGAGCCGCCAGGUAAGUCUGUCUGCGGUCACUCAAGCCACCCUGCUACCGAGAGGGAAGAGGGAGAAUUUGGUCUAUACUUCCGGACCAAGUUCUCGCUCCUCCUACUGUAUUAGAGCGUUGCCAUAGGUUACCGCGGCAACGCUCUGAUGCGCUUUCUGGCGCCGGACAGAAGGAGCUGCACUUCCCACCGGACCAUCAGGGAAACGGAUACUCCCCCUCCCUGGACCAAGAUAAGCGCCUGGGAGGGGGCAAGAAACAUUUCGUUUUCUUGUUUAAUAAAAUUAAAAUAAAUCUAUAUUUUUUUUGUAUCCUUCCUCUUAUUAUCCCCUAUCUCCCCCACUACUGCCCCAAACUCCUUACCAUAUCCCUCAACCCCCUACUUCUGCCCCUAUCUUCCCCAGAACUGCCCCUAACUCUGCACCAUAUCCCUUAACCCGCCCCACUACUGCCCCUAUCCCCCCCCACUAAAGCCCCUAAUGCCCUACCAUAUCCCUUAACCCCCAACUACUGUCCCUACCUUCCCCACCACUGCCCCUAACUUCACACCAUAUUCCCUAACCCACCACAACAGACCCUAACUUCCCACCAUAUCCCUUAACCUCCCACUACUGCCCUUAUCUCCCCCAAGAACUGCCCCUAACUCCCCACCAUAUCCCUCAACCCCACAUUACUGCCCCUAUCUCCUCCACUAAAACCCCUAACUCCCCACCAUAUCCCUUAACCCCCCACUACUGCCCCAAACUCCCCACCAUAUUGCUCAACCCCCCACUACUGCCUCUAUCUCCCCACGGUAUCCCCAAACCCACCACUACAGCCCCUAACUUCCCACUAUAUUUCUUAACCCCCACUACUGCCUCUAACUCCCCACCAUAUCCCCAAACCCACUACUACAGCCCCUAACAUCCCACCAUAUCCCUGGACCCUCCACUACUGCCCCUAUCUCCCCUACUACUACCCCUAACUUCCCACCAUAUACCCUAAACCCUCACUACUGCCCCUAACUUCCCACCAUAUCCCCUAACCCCCACUACUGCCCUAUCUCCCCCACUACUGCCCCUAUUCCCCCAUUACAGGUCCUAACCCCCACUGUUGCCCUUAUCUCCCCCACUACAGGUCCUAAUCACCACCACUUCUCCUAUCCCCCACUACUGCCCCUACCCCCCUAACCCCUCACUACUGUACCUAACUGCCACUCUAGCUCCUGACCCCACUACAGGUCCUAACGCCCCACUACUGCCCCUAACCUCCCAUUACAUGUCCUAGCCCUCUACUACUGCCUCUAUACCACCACUACAGGUCCUAACCCCCACUAAAGGUCCUAACCCCUUACUACUGCCCCUAACCCCCCACUGCAGAUCCUAACCUACCACUUCAGCCUCUAACCCCUUACUACUGCCCAUAACCUCCAACUGCAGGUCCUAACCCACACUAGUCCUCCUAACCCACCAUUAAUGCCCACUCCCCACUUUAGCCUCUAACCCUGCCCUACAACUCGUGACCCCUCACUUCAGCCUCUAACCCUCCAAUACUGCUUCUAAGCCCACACUAAAGCCGCUAACUCCCCCCCACUGCUCCCCUAACCCCUAUUACAACCCCUUAUGCCCACACUACAUCUAGUAACCCCCACUACAGCUUCUAACCCCUCACAACACCUAAAUUCCAACUACUGCCUUUUUACUCCACUACAGCCUCUAUCCCCCACUAUAGCUCCUAACAUCCAUUACUGCCCCUAACAACCACUACCACCCUUAAUCCUGAUAACUGCAUUUAAAACCUCACUACAGCACCUAAACUUCUCCCCCCCCCAUCUUCCACUACUUCCCACAUGUAUUUCUUACACAUUACAUAUUGCCACACACAACACUCACAGCGGCCCAAACUUUCACUCACAGCUACUCACGCUACUACAAAUACCACUCACAACUACCCACAUGCAGCCUUCCACAGCUAUACACACAUCACACACGGUCAAACUUAUACAUCAAGUAUAACAUACCUCAUACAAAGCUACUACGCUUACAGCAGCCCUACACAAGACAAACACCCACACCACACAUCCACUCAACAUUUUAAUAAAUAUUUAAAUCACAUAACAUAAAAAAAAAUAAUAUAGGGGAAGACAUUCCUGAUGCACACCCUAAUGAAAUGGGCUGUGCACGCCUUUGCGUAGCACAUGGUGGCUUUACUAGUCUGGGCAAAUGAGCUGCCCAGGCAGAUACAGCAAGAAGCCUUAAUACUGGCCAGUCGACCAGACUGCUGUAAAAGCAAGCACUCAGGACAGUGUGAUGUCACAAUAUGGGGGGCGGGGGGACAAAUUACAUUUUUGCCUAGGGUGGCAAAAAUCCUUGUUCCGGCCCUAUCCAGGGCCGAUCACUGUGUAGAGAGGCAAGCCUCACCAGUAGCUUUUCACAACCUGGGUUCUCCAUCAUCAUGAGGGCAGACUCAGAAUAACUGCAGCUGAGCGCAAUCACUCAGAUGUGGGGGAUGUACAGGGCCAUGUGCAGCUCUCACUUUGAGUGUUGCACAUAACUAACCCGUCAGUCUGGGGUCACUAACUGUGUCCCCAGCUUACAGACGGAACCCUCAAGUAUGCACUUGAUCCUAGACACCUUGGUGCUCAGACAGAUCUAAAAGCAACACAAAAGUCCCAUUUCAAUUAAUCCAGUAAUUAAACAGAACUUGCAAUAAAGAAAGCCUAAAUAGGGCUCUCUUUACAGGAAGUGUUUAUGGAAAGCUGUGCAAGUCACAUGCAGGGAGGUGUGACUAGGGUUCAUAAACAAAGGGAUUUAACUCCUAAAUGGCAGAGGAUUGAGCAGUGAGGCUGCAGGAUCAUGUUCUAUACACCAAAACUGCUUCAUUAAGCUAAAGUUGUUCAGGUGACUAUAGUGUCCCUUUAAUCCAUUAUGUUCUGACUGAUUUGCACAUGUUAAUAUUUUAUAUAUAUAUGUGUGUGUGUUUAUGUAGUUUAUGUAUCUUAUGUUUUGUAAACACAGAUGAAGUCUCCAAUGAGGACACUGUAGAACGCAUCGUGAAGUGCAUUAUUCAAAAUGAAGGUUGGUGCUUUUUAAUGCUAAAUUGUAUAUAUUAUAUUAUAAUUUGUAAUAUUUUAAGAAUAAAGCUUGUUCUUUUCAAUUUCCAAUGUAUUUUAGCAAACACAGAAGCACUUAAGCAGAUGCUGGGAGAAAAUGAAGGAGAGGCACUCCCUGCCCCCAGGUGAGAUGGCAGCAGUCUUAAAAUGUUUAUUUUUAUGUGAUAUAAGUUAUCUCAAGCACUGCUACAAGGUAUGUUUGUUAUGUCUGUAAAUUGGAUUUUUAUGUUUAUUUUCUUGCAAUCCAUAUAAUUAAUAUUUGUAAACUGGACUGAUAAUAAGGAAUCAUCAACUCUGUUCCAUCUCAAGUUGCUAAGCACAAGUGAUCAAACUUAAAUAUUGCAACAUUAUAUUAUUCAAGUUCUAUUUAAAAGAUGUAGUACAUGUUUUUUUAAAUGGAUCCUUGGGAAAUGCUAAACCUCCUUCCAAGCAUGUUAGUUGAGUUCCAUUGUAUCCGUGGAAGCACAACAUGUCUAAUUAUUGAUAUAUGAGGAGUGUUUUGGAACACAGAUCAAGACAGCAAUACAGGAAAUAGGAGUAUGCCAGCUGUUUACUGUAGACAAGAUGCUGAUAUUCUAUAAUUAUAACAAAAAUUUUGAGAUUGUUUCAUAAUCAGGAAAUGCCUCCCACAGUGUGUAAACUGAGAUUGCUGAAAAAAUGUAACAUGGGUAUGCAUUAAUGCAUUGUAAAUAGUGAAGUUGGUUAUGUUCUUGUUUUUAUACAGCAUUAAAUAUUAAUUAAAUGUCAAAUCAUUUUUGUAAAUUGUUUUGAUCACUAGCUGAAUAAUGUACUGCAAAUGCAGAUAUUCAGGGUCACAAGGAUCAGUUUUCCUGACAUAGGUAUUAAUUCAGGAAUUAGUAGGAUUUGUUAAUAAAAACAUACAUUUUACCUAAUUAGAGAAAUUAUCAGUGGCCCAUUGCUAUAAAAGGUAUGGGAUACAAAAUCAGCAUGACAUUUUCAAAAUCAUCACAAUCUACAUAAUGUCUAUUUAGAAUAUCCAGGGACUUCAUUUAUUGCCAGAUUAUACUGCUCUAUUGCAGUGAUUUUCCUCUCAUUCGCGAAACAAUCUAGUUUUUCUUUUACUUAUCGCACUUAUUCCACCCUGAGGCCUCUUUUCUACUAAUAGCUCCCUUUUCUACUCAUAAACUUGUCCCAUUCCACAAGAUGCAGCCAUUUGUACAACAGUGAAAAUAGGCAUCAUCAGUAGAUGCUUGCAAGGCAUUGUUAAAGGACCACUAUAGGCACUCAGACCACUUCAGCUUAAAGGACCACUAUAGUGCCAGGAAAACAUACUCGUUUUCCUGGCACUAUAGUGCCCUGAGGGUGCCCCCACCCUCAGGGUCCCCCUCCCGGAGGGAGGCGUAGAGGAGGAGGUGAGCUCUCCGCCCGGCGCUGGAAUAAAGGUACGUUUUACCCCUUUCCUCUCCUCAGAGCCGGGCGGAGAGCUCACCUCCUCCUCUCCGCCUCCGAUCCUCCCCUUCGGCUGAAUGCGCACGCGCGACAAGAGCUGCGUGCUCAUUCAGCCGGUCUCAUAGGAAAGCAUUUACAAUGCUUUCCUAUGAACGCUUGCGUGUUCUCACUGUGAUUUUCACAGUGAGAAUCACGCAAGCGCCUCUAGCGGCUGUCAAUGAGACAGCCGCUAGAGGAUUUGGAAACUGCUAUGUUUAUAAAAAAAAAAAAUGGGUUAAUCCUAGAGGGACCUGGCACCCAGACCACUUCAUUAAGCUGAAGUGGUCUGGCUGCCUAGAGUGGUCCUUUAAUGAAGUGGUCUGGGUGCCAGGUCCAGCUAGGUUUAACCCUUUUUUUUUAUAAACAUAGCAUGUAUAAACAUGUUUAUAAAUGGGUUAAUCCAGCCUCUAGUGGCUGUCUCACUGACAGCCGCUAGAGGGCUUCCGUGCUUCUCACUGUGAUUUUCACAGUGAGAACACGCCAGCGUCCAUAGGAAAGCAUUGUGACUGCUUUCCUAUGGACUGGCUGAAUGCGUGCGCGGCUCUUGCCGCGCAUGCGCAUUCAGCCGGUGACGGGAGAGGAGGAGGAGAGCUCCCCACCCGGCGCUGGAGAAAGAGGUAAGUUUAACCCCUUCCACACCCCAGAGCCUGGCGGGAGGGGGUCCCUGAGGGUGGGGGCACCCUCAGGGCACUAUAGUGCCAGGAAAACGAGUAUGUUAUCCUGGCACUAUAGUGGUCCUUUAAAAAAGAAAAUAUUACACAACAGUACACCUUUGUUAGUACUCAAGCCUCACCUCUUUCCCAUGGUACUGUGGAAAAAGCAUCUCCCUUUCUUUGCUCAGAAUUAACUUGCUACCUUGAUUAUGUGCAAAUUUAUUAAUUCUCUCUUACCCACACAAACCCAAUUAUUUACCAACCUUAUUUCACGUUAUCUCUGAUUUUAUUAUUUGAGGUAAAUAAUAUAAUAUUUCUUGAAAUUACACGUCUCAAUUCAUAAGCUACUAAAAUCUGUAGUUCAUUCUCUGUUCUUCCUUGUUACAAUCUUCUAAUAGACACUAUUUUUAUACCAUUUCCCUUUGCUCACCCGCUAUUCUUAUAUGACUGCUUAAAAUGAAACCCCCACUGCUCUGGAAUUUAACAUUUGAAUUGCAACUAUAAAUUGUGUAAACCUUUUAUGUAAUGCUCUAUUUUCAUUCACAUUUACAUUAACGAUUUAACAAAUAACAUUACGAUUCUGUUCAGGUCAGGCACAGCCAAAGCAUACAUUGCAAAUGAAAAUGAGAAAUGUAAACAUUGUUUAAUUUCUCUGUAUGCUAGCUGCUAGGUGCAAAGAACACAGCUGAUAGCUGAAAAUUAAAAUGGAGCUAAAAUGGAGGCAUCUAGUUGCAGGAUUAAAAGGUAUUCACUUCUAAUCAAAUUUAAUUUCUCAUUUACUGCAAAUACACAUUUAUUAAAUAUAUAGAAUAGGAAAUCCUAUAUGUAUCAGCUUGAACGGCCUGAUGACUUAAGGUGCGCACGCACGUCCUGUAGUCGAGCCAAGCUUUCGAUGGCGGCUACCCUGUUUAAUCUCUCAGUAACUCCGAAGAAGGCUACUAAAUUUGAUUCCCUACUCCACUCUCGAACAGAUGAAUCCUAACCUAUUAACCCACAUACCACCUUCCCUUCUGGGAGGAGAGGCGAGAGGCACUAUGGAGGACACAGGAAGUAGUAUUCCCCACAAGGCAGUGAGGUGCGGUGGCAGAUGUGAGAAGAAGCAUUUAUCACAAGACAUUGAGGCACAGCAGUGGACACGAGGAAAAGCAAGUACCACAAGUAAGAGACUUGCCGUGUGCCGCGAGUGCAGUAAAUACCAAGAAGAAUCUAGCCCGUGGAAAGCACAAGACUGUGGAUGGUGGUGAUGAUCAAUGCGUUCCAUAGAAUAAUACACUAGUACUGUGAGUAGCUCCUUUGGAGCAUUAAGUUUUGGGAAAGGGAGGAGGUAAGAAGAAGGAGAAAGAAAGAAAAGGGGAGAAAGGGAGAGAAGAAAAACUAAAGGGAUUCUAAGUUUUGCUUUCUUGUAUAUAAUGUAACUCUUUUGGGUGUAUAUCUUGUAAAUUACUUUGUCCAAAUAAUAUUGUGUAAUAAAAAAGAUAAAGGAAGAGAGAAAAGAGAAAGAAAGAAAGAAAGAAAGAAGAGUAAGGGAAAGUAAAUCAAGAGAGAAGGGAAGAGAAGAAGAGGAAGACUAGGAAAAGAGAGAAAAAGAGAGGGGAAAGGGGGAAAAGGAAGGGGAAAAAAGAGAGAGAAAGGGAAAAGGGGGAAAAUAGGAAAGACUAAAAAAAGGGGGAAAGAGAGGGGGAGACCCCUGCCAAAAAAACGCUGUUCGUGGAAAACAGCCCUACACAGGACAUUCUCUGACACGGAAUGGGAGAAGAUCUGCUACCUCAUGUAUCACUGUGCAUUGAACACAAGAGACCGCCUUUAAGCUCUUGACCAAUUGGUACCACACACCAAACCUCUUACACUCAAUCAACCCAGUCCAUUCUAACAUAUGCUGGAGAUGUGAAAAGGAGUUAGGCACCACCCUGCACUUAUGGUGGGACUGUGAGAUUAUUAGGCCAUACUGGGUGGGAAUCCACAGCAUGUUAGAGGAGUUCUCUGAAGCACCACCCCUCCUACACCCGGCAGCGAUGCUCUUCCAUCACACGACUGUCCCCAGAUCCAAAUAUAAGAAAUCUAUGACCAUAAGGAUUUUAAACGUAGCCAAACAAGUUCUCCCACAGUACUGGAAGCAGACAGUUACCCCCAACCCCCUACAGACAUGGUUCACUCAGAUGGAAGCCCUAAGAGCGAUAGAAGAACUAACAAUGAGCACCACCCACACCCCUGCAGCCUAUAGCAAGACUUGGACACACUGGAUCCUGAACACAGCUAAGGAAGACUUUGCUCUCAAACUCCAAUACCGACAGGACGACUAGGACUGACAGACCCAACCCCAUCCUCCUUUCUCUCUUCCCUCUAUCCUUCCUCUCAGUUAAACCCGACCCAUACACGCCUCUGCGGGACGAUGUCCCGACAUGCUCCUAUGCUAGCAAGACACCUUUCCCCGUAACAGAAACCACAUACAGAAGAGGCUGGAAGCCAACAUCACAUCCAGCAGAGAUUGUUCAGCACCCAUACUAGAGACACGAUAAGUAGGCGGGAGUGGUACCACACAACGCGAUAGACACCGAGACAUGGGGUGAGAAUGGGAAAGUCCUACUCACCUACAGCUGGCAAACACUUGAAACACAACCCUAGACAAGACAUGAGACCGCCAGACUGGUCUACGCACCCUCACACUCGUUAGUACCCAGAAACCAGCUUGUUGAGAAGAGAGAAACACCACCACGAAUACCUAAGGUGACCAGUGGGACACAGUGAUGUAUUGAUGUUAUUGAGCCAAUGUCAUACAACUGAGGCCUGCGAGCCAAUACACAAUAUGCUGAAAAUAGGGCCUGCGAGCCCACAUGGUACUUAAUCACCACCUUUCUUCUGCUAUUCCUGUUUGAGAAAACUAUAAAAGUUGAAGGGGGAGGCGGCGCCACAGGUGAAAAAAAAAUUGAUUAUAAACUAUACAAGCAUAUAUACAAGACACUAUAUAAGAGAAAAUACAUUUAAGGUAAAAAAAAAAAAAAGUUCGAAAUAUGGAUAAUGAAUAAUAAUCAAGAGUCAAAAGAUAAGUCCAAAAGAGUCUAUGCCUGAUAAAUACAGCAAAAAAAUCCAAAUAAAACCUUGUAUAAGAUGCUAAUCACAAUCUUGUCAGGGGAAGCAUUCCUCAGUAACAUAUGGACAUGGGCUCUUCGUGAAAUCCGUAUGAAAAAAUAAAAAGACAGCAAAUAAUGGUGCAGUAUAUCCCAACAGGUACUAAGUACUAUUUUUAGAGGUCUAUAUGGUCCUACUCAUGUUUUCCAGAGCUAUAAGACUAGCUCUAGUGUGGAUGGCAUACAGUGGUACAAUCCCCACUUAUGGGAUACGUGAAGUUUUGUAGUAGAUGGAUAUCUUGUUGGUAUAAGGACCAUAUGCAAUAUAAAAGAAACAAUAAUAGUACUUAUUGUAUAAAAGCCAGUGGUUAAAUAAUAAAAUACCAAGUGGUUACUCACAUUUUAUUGAGCAGGCAGACUGCUCAAUGGAUAAAGCUUUAGUGGUAUAAUCCCCACCAAGGAUUCUUUGGAGUAAAAUUCUCACUGGAACAAUAAAAACUCUGGUGCCAGGUAAAAAUAAAUAAAAGAGUAAAAUGGCUGACUCACAAGUUGAAAGUGGCCAAAAUACCUUUAAUAAAAUACAGCAAUUAAAAUACCACAAGGCGUUUCUCCCUUUAGGGCUUUCUCAAGUAGAUAAAAAGUGACCAGCUUGAUACCUCAGUUUAAUGUCAAGAACUGAAAACUAAUAAAAAUUAUAUUUACAAAAAAAAGGGGGGGAGAGAGGAAAAGGAAAGAGAGAGAACAAAAAUAAAAUAAAAAAAUAAAGAAACAACCAAAAAAACAAAACAAGGGAAGAAAAACAAAACAUAAAGAGGGAAUCACAAUGGCUUCCAAAAAUGAAAAAAAUCCUCAUCCCUGACAAAAACAAAUCUAUUAACCCAUUCUGUUCUCCUAAAACGCACAAAACAUAUAAAAUAAUUCAAAGAAAAUCAUUAGAACCUAACAAAGAUCAAUUAGGCAACUCUUAUGUAACAUCACAUGAUGAGCAUACGCCCAAUCCAGCUCUUUCUCAUGAUUCCUUACUAUUAAUGAUGGACAAUCUAUAUACAAAACUAAAAAAAUAUUUAGAUUCGAACACAUUGGAAAUAAAGAAAUGAAGUAUCUUCUAUAACUCAGAAACUAUCACAACAAGCAGAUCAUCUAACAAAAUUUCAAAAUGAUUUUAUGGAAAUUCAAACUGAGAAUCUUCAACUUAAAUCUAAAAUUAAAUCUCUGGAACUAAAGAUAUCAGACUUGGAAGACAGAUCAAGGAGAAAAAAAUCAGAAAAUAACAUAGAUUCCUGAAAGUGUCACAAAUCAACAACUUGAAAUGUAUUUUAUAGAUCUUUCUUCCACAAUAACAUAUUUAUCCUUAUAUGGGGCACAUCCCUUAGAGAGAUAUCACAGGUUAAGGAACCCAAAAGAAAUAUCCGCUCCAAGAGAUACUAUAGUGAGAUUUGCAAAUUAUCAUUUGAAAGAUACAAUCAUGAAACAAAUCAGGAAAAAUCCACUUAAACAUGAAAAAUAUAAAGAUAUACAUUUUUUCUCAGAUAUCUCAGCAGCUACCUUAGAAGCAAGAAGGCGGUUCCAUGACUUAACUUAUCUUCUUUUUUCUUAAAAGUAAUGUUAUCAGUGGGGAUUUCCAACUAGAUUAAUAUUACAACACGAAGAAAGACUACACAUUAUUUUGAAUCCUGUACAAGCAAGGGAACAAAUUAUAAAAUGGAAUCUCUUUAUAAAAUCUAACAGAGACAAUUUAAAAGGAAAGAUACAUUUUUUUCUCUCCCCUCUCUAUCUCCCUUCAUAGUCCUAAUAUAAAAAUCUGAUGUGAAGUAAAGGAAGAGACAAUGUGAGAAUGACUGAGGGAAGGGAAUGAGGUGAUGGGGAUCAUUCAAAUGUUUUACACAAGGAUUAUUUAUAAAACUCGGAUCUUAUGUAAAAAAGAAACGCGGAGAAUGCUUAUCAAAGCUUUACAUAACCUUAACUAAAUUAGAGAAAAUAAAGAAAAUUUAAAUACUCUGGAAAAUAUAAUACAAAUUCAAAAUUUAAUUAAAAUCAAGUAAUAACAAGAUUGACAAACUUAUCUCCUAUAAAUUAAAAUUUAAAAAGAAAAACAAUUGAAUAUGUAAAAUAAAAGUAGGAUAUGAAACAACUUUAUGUCCUAAACAGGAGAUGCAUUCAGACCCUAUUACUAGUCACUAUACAAACUAGAAAUUGGAAAUAAAGAAGUAAUAAGUGAAACUAUAAUCAAAGAGUUUAUUAAGAAAUGUAAAUUACCCAAAAUCAAACCAAAUAAGUUAGAACAAAUAAAUAAACUUAUCUCUAUGUUUGAGAUUCAAUAUAAAAUGGCUAAAAAACACCAAAGCACCUGGACCAGGCGGAUUCUCUGUGAUCUAUUUUAAAACAUUUGAUAAAGUAGUUUCCCCAUUAUUACAAUGAUUAUAUAUUGAAUUCUCAAAUAGUAAACAUAUUCCACAGGAAUUACUUCAGGCAAUGUUUUCCCAAUCCCCAAGCCUGUAAAAGGUCCGUGACACCUUCUCGAAUUAUAGACCUAUUUCUCCGAUAAACCUUGACAUAAAAAUAUUUUCAAAAAUAUUGACAGAAAGAUUAAAAAAGGUAAUCCCUGAAAUCAUUCAUAAAGAUCAAACAGGUUUUGUGUCAGGUAGGGAUAUUUCUGAUAAUACUCAUAAAAUCUUAAAUAUAAUGGAUCAUCUAAAAAUACAAAAUAUACAAUCAGUCUUUAUAGCGUUAGAUGCAGAAAAAGCAUUCGACAGGGUGAACGGGAAAUUCGUGGGCUUGGUGAUGGAGAACUUUGGCCUGACAGGAUUUUUUAAAGAAAGUACAAUGUCAUUAUAUACAAACCCACAAGCUAGAGUCAAAUGUCCUGGUAUGGUAUCUGAUUGUUUUGAUAUUCGGAAUGGCACCAGACAAGGUUGCCCUCUGGCACCACUCCUUUAUGUAUUAGCUAUGGAACCUCUACCAGCGGCAAUUAGACAAAAUGAUAAAAUUGAAGGGCUGCAGAUCCAUUCAGAACAUCAUAAAAUUACUCUAUAUGCGGAUGAUGUUAUUCUAACUCUCUCUAAUCCAGUAGAUUCAAUUACAAAUUUAUUGAAAUUAAUUUCAGAUUUUGGCAAUUAUUCUGGCUACAAAUUAAAUAUGAAUAAAACACAAAUAUUAAAUGGAACUGUUAUAAUCAUAAAAUAGAUUAUCUAGGAAUUCUAUAUUCUAUUAUAUCAAAUAUAAAUAAAAUUGUAGAAGUAAAUUAUAAGAAACUUUUAUCAUUAAAGACUUUUUUUUAAAAUUGGAAAGGGCUAGAAAUCUCCUGGAUGGGAGGUAUAAAUACGGUCUCUGCAUACAUAAUACCAAAAUUAAUCUACUUGUUUUGAUCCAUGCCAAUACUCAAUUCAAGAAAAUGUUUAUGAAAUUAAUUUAGGGGAACAAAAUACCCAGAGUUUCAUAAAGUACACUUACUAAAAGAGUGAAUAAAUGCGAUCAAAUCUUCCUGACAUAAUAGAAUUACAUAAUUGUACCAUGCUUACUCACUUUUUGAAAUGGGACAAUUCUAUUAAUCCUGAUCCCAGCUGGAAAAAUAUGGAAACAAAAAGUAAUACUCUAUUUAAAUUAGCUUGGAUUAGUUCUGAACAUUAUAAAAACAAUUUCAUUAUCAAAUAAAAUUGUAAAUGAAACAAUUACCACUCCUAAAUUAUUUAAAAAGAAAUUGUAAUGAAUUAAUCCCAUCUGCACCAAUUGAAGUUAUUCAAUUCUAUAAGACAUCAAAAUGGAUAGAAAAUAAUAUCUACAAAAUAUAACUUAAAUUGCUUCCUUGGUAGAAAUUAAAUCAUUUAUAGAUAUUCAAAUUCAAUUCAGAUUGCCCAAUCAAGAAUGGUACUAUUAUGUUAGAAUAAGACAUUUAUUAAAUACCUUAAACUUCAUUGACUCACACAUUAAAUGACAGACACAUACUCACUGAUACACACAUUCACUCAAAGACACUCACUGGCAGACACACAUACUUACUAACAGAGAUGCACCCACAUUCAUUCACAGACACAUUCACUGAAAGACACACACAUUCACUCACAGACCUACACUGACAGACACACACACACAUACACUGACAGACUGACACUGACAGACACACACACACACAAAUUUCCUGGCAGACAGCAACUGACAGACACAUACACACACACUGACAGACACACACAUUCACUCACAGACACACACAUUCACUGACAGACACACACUGAGAGACACACACAUUCACUAACACACACAUACACUAAAAGACACACUCUGACAGACACACGCAUUCACCAACAGACUUACACUGACAGCCAUAUACACCUGUUCACUGACUCACACAUUAAAUGACAGACACACACUAACCGAUACACACAUUCACUCACAGACACACACAUUCACUGACAGACUUACACAGACAGACACACACAUUCACUGAUGGACACACAUUCCCAUACACACAUUCACUGACACACGAUAAAACUGACACAUUCACACACAUUCUCUCACACACUCACAAAUUAUCAUUUUUCCUUUUAUAAUUUAAAUUCUUUACUUUAAUAAUUGAAUAUUCUUUAUCUGGUGGUCCAGUGCUGUUUAUGUCCCUGGAGUCUAGUAUUUCUGCUGGGAGGGUACUUAGGUGGCCAGUCAGCCAGCUCUUGGGCCACAUGAAAUGAGGCUAACAGGGCAUCUGCCAGGGAGUUUGGGGGGGGGGGGCACCCCCCUGAAAGUGCCACCCAAGGCAAAUGCCUUGUUAGCCUUGCUGUAAAUACAGCCCUGCCUGUAUAGUUGCAAACCUUCCAACACUCCUUCAAAGUCACUGGAGUCUUCCAACACCUAUACACCCAACCCCCAGCAAAAUUUGUUAUGUCUUAUUAAAAUAUACAAUAGUAAGCAUAAGUAGAGCAUAGGAAACAACAGCUAUAUAUUUCAGUAUAUAGCUAUCAGAUAUAAGCAGUGUGCUAGUAUUGCCCUGCAUAUAAAAAAACACCAUUGGUAUUAAGAACAAUUUGGCUCAUGUAGACUACUUAUAUUACACUUCUAGCCCUGUAUUGACAAUUACCUAAAAAUCUUACUGGUGUUAAUGUACAGUCAGACUUUAUGGGUCAAUCUCACAAGGUAGUACACUUUUAAUUAUUUGUUGUAUUUAGUAUAUAUAUAUAUUUUAUACAUUUUAUGUACAUAAAAUAUAAUUAUUGAAGGUGACUUAAAUGUAAGCUAUAAAUUCCCUUUUUCAGUCUGUGUAUACACAGAGAAAGCCAGGAUGCUGGCCCAUCUCAUCACCACACGGUACACCUUGGCUCAAACCUAGCACCUUGCAUGCACUGUACCCGCAAGAAAAGAAGUCUUCUGCAUCGUAUGGGCCGAUCGAAGGAUAGCAGAGGAAAGACACACCCAGGAGAGGUCACAGUCUUCUCUGUUGGGAGGUAUCAAUUUAAAUAUUUGUUUUAUUAUAUUAGUUUUCCUUUUGUAAUAAAAAAUAAACUUAAGCAAAAACUGAGGAAAACAUACAAAUAUGAAAAUAAAAAGUCUGCUAAAGUUCAGUCAUACUUUGUAUACUAUGCAAAGAGCAAGCAACUCACAUAAGUGGUAAGAUAAAGUGCUACCUUCAAAUGAGCCUAAAUAUACCUCAUAGCAUCCCAACAUUUUGACCGAUAGGUCUAAUGAUCUAUCAGUCAAAAACACUGGGGUCUCCACUUAUAUCCUGUUUUUUAUAUCACCCAUAAGGCCAGAUUUGACGUGAUACUGAUAAAAAACCCAAGCACCACUGCUACUGGGCUUCAACACGCACUCUAAACGAUGUACAUAAUUAGGACGGUGCACUUGGAACCUUAUCCUAGCUCUUGACUAGGUCUAACAAGAGGACAGACUUCCUCAGGUGUUUUACAGCACAUAAAUAUCCCCCUUCACCUGAUAGCUCAGCUAACACAUCAUCCAAGCUUUCAUAACUCUGUUCACAACAGACAUAAAUGUAUCAAAGUUAUAGGCUUUGACAAGUAUUGCUUAUUGUCACAUAUUUCACCUCACCUCAUGCUUUCUUGAUGUAAUUCUUAAUUCUCCAUAAUAAACUUUGGGGGGGGAGGGGAGUAGGGGAACACAGGGGUGUUAGGAACUAUUUAAGUUGUUUGCUCACUUCGUGAUAUAGUAUUAGUGAUGUAAUUGUAAUGUACUUUUGACCUCCAAACCUGUUUGUUCUUAUGUUUAUAUGUGUAUAAAUAAUUUAUUAAUGAUGACUAAAAUGCAGCUUUUUUUAUCAUCUGCUUGGGUGAUUUAUAUUGAUUCAGCCAAAGGUUGGUCCAUACUUUGUCUUGAACAUUUUGCUCAUAUAGAUUCAUUAUUUUAAAUACUUUAUACAUUUCAUGUGAUCCAAUUAAAAAUCUUUUUGUGAUCCAUUUUAGAUUUAGAGUCACUCAUAUUGGAAAGAAACACAGUUUACAGGGAUCACAAGACGACACAAAUGCAAGCAGUGAGCCCAUUUCAUCAGACAAAGAUCCUGAAGACGAGUCAUGGUCAAAAUCCAAGAAUGGCUUAGCAACGCAAGAAACCCAUGAAAAAGGGUCAUUACCUUUAUCAAUAAAUGGACCAGAAAUGGUGGGCUUAGCAAAAAUGGAGUUUCAAAGAGAAUCAGAGAUUAAAUGUGUGGAGAACAAUGGACUAAAGAAAUUGGAGAACAAAAUCCAGAAAACCACUGCAAAGACCAAAGUGUCCAAAGAAAGACGUAGCAGUGCACCAGAACAGACCGUAACGCAACGGCAGAAAGGAAACAUGAAAAUAGAUGAACAUAAACAAAAAAGACCUAUAGCAACAGUCAACCCAAUACAACAGGUAAUCUCUUUUAAAUCCCGCAAACACUAUUUGUUUUACAUAUAUAGAUACAUUUCUUGCACAUUUCGGCCAAAUAACAUUUACAUAGAGGUCCAGGGAAUCUGGGCAUAUGUUCACAAAACUCAAGGAACUGCAAGAAUAAACAUGUAUCAUAUAAUGCAUUGUAAGUUUUCUAAAAAAAAAUGGUCUCUAAUGAAGUAAUCCACAAAAAAAAAAAGAAAAUCUGAAUGGAUAAAUGAAUAAGAAUUAAGUAUUUGAUUCAUUCUAAUUUGUUUUCCAGCAAUAUCAUGCUAACUCAUUAAAGUGUGGAUUGGUGUGAAUUCAUAAUAAAUAAAUAAAGUGCAGUAACAGCUUUAAGUCAAAAUACCCAAACAAAAGAUAUAGAAUGCUGCACUUUUUGCUUAAAGUUUGGAAUUCAUUUCGAUUUGACUUGAAAAUUCCUACUUUAGUUAAUUACCCUUUUUUGUUGAUUAUCAAUCAAUACUAUAUUGUCCCAAACUUUUACUUUUUUAUUCCUGAUCAUGGCAAUAGGGGACUGGGAACUCAAAAAUUCCUCAAAAUACACCAAUCUACUUUCCAGAAGUAUACAUAAGAACCAUUCGGCCCAUCUAGUCUGCCCAAUUUUCUAAAUACUUUCAUUAUUCCCUGGCCUUAUCUCCUAGCUAGGAUAGCCUUAUGCCUAUCCCACACAUACUUCACUGUGUUAACCUCUACCUAUUUCAGCUGGAAGGCUAUUCCAUGUGUCCACUACCCUCUCAGUAAAGUAAUACUUCCUGAUAUUAUUUUUAAACCUUUGCCCCUCUAAUUUAAGACUAUGUCCUCUUGUUGUGGUAGUGGUUCUUUUAAAUAGAGUCUCCUCCUUUACUGUGUUGAUUCCCUUUAUGUAUUUAAAUGUUUCUAUCAUAUCCCCCCUGUCUCGUCUUUCCUCCAAGCUAUACAUGUUAAGAUCCUUUAACCUUGCCUUGUAAGUUUAAUCCUGCAAUCCAUGAACCAGUUUAGUAGCCCUGCUCUCAACUCUCUCUAAAGUAUCAAUAUCCUUCUUGAGAUACGGUCUCCAGUACUGCGUACAAUACACCAAGUGAGGUCUCACCAGUGGUCUGUACAAUGGCAUGAGCACUUCCUUCUUUCUACUGCUAAUACCUCUCCCUAUACAACCAAGCAUUCUGCUAGCAUUUCCUGCUGCUCUAUUACAUUGUCUGCCUACCUUUAAGUCAUCUAAAUCGCUUUCCUCAGAUGUUGAGGUUAGGACUCUCAAAUAUUCUGUACUCUGCCCUUGGGUUUUUACAUCCAAGAUGCAUUAUCUUGCAGUUAUCCACAUUAAAUGUCAGUUGCCACAACUCUGAUCAUUUUUCUAGUUUACCUAAAUCAUUUGCCAUUUGGCUUAUCCCUCCUGGAACAUCAACCCUGUUACAUAUCUUACUAUCAUCAGCAAAAAGACAUACCUUACCAUCAAGACCUUCUGCAAUAUCACUAAUAAAAAUAUUAAAGAGAAUGGGUUCAAGUACAAAUCCCUGAUGUACUCCACUAGUGACAAGACCAUGCUUCGAAUAUACUCCAUUAAAUACAACCCUCUGUUGCAUGUCAGUCAGCCACUUUCUUACCCAUUCAACAAUAUUGGAUUCCAAAUUUAAAGAUUGCAGUUUAUUGAUAAGCCUUCUAUGUGCAAUAGUGUUAAAAGCCUUACUGAAAUCUAGGUAAGCAAUGUCUACUGCACCACCCCGCUCUAUUAUUUUAGUUACCCAAUAAAAAAAAAGCAAUAAGAUUAGUUUGGCACGAUCUCCCUGAAGUAAAGCCAUGUUGUCUCUGAUCUGAAAAUCCAUGGUUUCCAUUACUGAAGUAAGGCUUACUGGCCUAUAGUUGCCGGACUCCUCGCUACUAACUUUCUUGUGAAUGGGCACAACAUUCGCUAACUUCCAAUCUUCUGGGACUACUCCUGUUAGCAAUGAUUGGUUAAAUAAAUCUGCUAAUGGUUUUGCUAGUACACCACUAAGCUCUUUUAAUAACUUUAGGUGUAUUCCAUCAGGUCCCAUUGACUUAUUUGUCUUUACUUUUGAAAGUUGAAAUAGAACCUCUUCCUCUGUAAACUCACAUGUAACAAAUGACUAAUUUGUCCUUUUUCCUAACUGAGGCCCAUUUCCUUCAUUUUCAUCUGCAAAUACUCAUUGAGGCAGUCAGCUAGAUCUUUAGCCUCUUCUACAUACCUUCCUUCUUUUGUUUUUAAUCUAACUACACACCAAGGAUAUAUGUAUAUCCAAUGUUUUUAUACUGUAUAUGCAACUAUACACAAUUCACUGCCUUGUGUAGAAAGUGUGUAGUUAUGUAUAAUUUGCAUAUGCAUUUCUACAGUGUUGCUGUGAAUGUGUGGUACUUCAGUCAUCUUGUACUACAACUUAUCCUGUGCCUUUCUCCAUCUGUUCUCUUCGCUAACCAUCCUUUAUUCUUAUACACCAUCUUCAAUAUUUGUUUGCUCUAAGCGAAUUGCUUUAUUUUGUUGAUUCUGUAACAAGCUAAUUUUAUAUGAUUUCCUUUUUGGCCACAAUGUUACAUUGUAUAGUCCUUUAUUGCUGUUCGCAAAUGUCUUUUCAAAAAUUAAUACAAAGGUAAACAUAUUAAAUUGUUUCUGACAGCAUAACAGAUUUAAAAUGUUUGUUAUAUAAACAGAAAUGAUUUCUAAGGAAACAGGAAGAGGUCCCACUGGGUUUUUUAAAGUUUUGAAAUAACAGAGACAGCUUUCAACUUUAUUUGACUUAAAGAUACACUGUCAUUGUGAAAACAAUGUUUCAGAAUGUGUAUGUUUGUAUGUCAAUACUCUACAGUUUGGGGUUUAUGCAGUAAAUUGAAAAGACAGCAAAAUGAAAAUCUGAUUGCAAAAUUCAGACUAAAAUAGCUCAUCUGUGAUAAUAGCUGAUGUGGAGAAUUUAUAUUUUGACCUAAAUAUUUCAAUUUGCUUUAGAAUGCAUCACAAAUCAUUGUUUAAGGAGUAAACUAUCUGUGGUAUAAUAAGAACAAAGAUAACAUAUUGUGCCUAGCUGGUAUAAAUAACAGAACUAGAUAUAUAAGAUAUGUGGUCAAAAAACCCACAAAAAAAAGUAUUUAGGUAAAUAACAGCGCAAAUCACAACAACAUGAAGCGGUACAAUCCCCGCUCAAAGGAUAUAGCUGGAAGUUAUCUUUGUGGAUUUUGAUUGUGACAUAUGCAAAUAAAGCAAAAAAAAAAAAAUUCAAAAAACAGAAUAGUGCUCUCUGUAUACCGUAAUGUAAUUUUAGGUAAAAGAAAUGUACUUACAUUCUUUAGUUCACCAGUAUGCUCAAUGAAGACAGCGUGGGUGGGUGUAUUUUUUAUUUUUUUUUGGUAGAGUAACAGUUACUUGUGCUUACUGAGUUGUAGAACAUUUCCCAUAACCAUCAACAGAAUAAAAGUGAAUAUAUAAAACAGUAGUAUAGUCGCAAUGCGUUUCACCAAUAAGGUUUUCUCAAUUGACAGGUCACUUGAGAAAGCCUUAAUGGUGAAAUGCGUUGUAAUUAUACUACGGCUUUAUAUAUUCACUUAUUCUGUUGAUGAUUACGGGAAAUGUUGUAUAACUCAGUAAGCACAAGUAACUGUCACUCAAAAAAAAAAAAAAUAGACCCUCGAGUUUGAAAGCAGGGGUAUACACAUAUUGUUGUAUUGAUGCAAAGUUGGUCAUUAUUGUUCUAGCAAAAUCUCUUGGCUCUGUAAGAGAGGCAGAUAUUUUGAAGUAUGAAGUAUAAUACUUAUUCACAAUUUAUGAGUAAUUAAUCAUCUUCAGUUUACUGGGACAGAUCCAAAACGAAAUGCCUGCAGUGCAUCUCAGACACUGGUGCUAAUUGCUUUUAAUGGCACUCUGAGUUAUUAUGAAAGCUAUGACAUAUCCUGUAAUUUCCAUUCAAUGUAACUGUGGAAAAAGCACACCACUCUCUUUUCAAACAAGACACUCAUGUUGCUUAACAACCAAUUUUAAGCCACAAAACUAUAUAAAAUUGCAUUAACCUUAUACUUAAAGGGACACUAUAGUCACCUGAACAACUUUAGCUUAAUGAAGCAGUUUUGGUGUAUAGAACAUGCCCCUGCAGCCUCACUGCUCAAUCCUCUGCCAUUUAGGAGUUAAAUCCCUUUGUUUAUGAACCCUAGUCACACCUCCCUGCAUGUGACUUGCACAGCCUUCCAUAAACACUUCCUGUAAAGAGAGCCCUAUUUAGGCUUUCUUUAUUGCAAGUUCUGUUUAAUUAAGAUUUUCUUAUCCCCUGCUAUGUUAAUAGCUUGCUAGACCCUGCAAGAGCCUCCUGUAUGUGAUUAAAGUUCAAUUUAGAGAUUGAGAUACAGUUAUUUAAGGUACAUUACAUCUGUUUGAAAGUGAAACCAGUUUUUUUUUCAUGCAGGCUCUGUCAAUCAUAGCCAGGGGAGGUGUGGCUAGGGCUGCAUAAACAGAAACAAAGUGAUUUAACUCCUAAAUGACAGUGAAUUGAGCAGUGAAAUUGCAGGGGAAUGAUCUAUACACUAAAACUGCUUUAUUUAGCUAAAGUAAUUUAGGUGACUAUAGUGUUCCUUUAAAUAUAGACUUCUAAGCAAAAUAUAAAGCAAGGAAGUUGAAAAUGUUUUUAUAAUUGCAUAAAGUUAAUAUCAUGAUUUCUGGUUGUGAUGGUGAAAUACUGUGCAAUAAUCGAAGGGCACAAUAGUUUAAGCAGUAAAUAAAAAUAUAUUAUCACUCUUGGCAUAGACUGUGACACUUGAGCCCAUACAAAAUGCAAACAUAGUGAAGUAGAAUCUCCUUUGACCAUUUGGUUUGUAUGGAAAUUACUGUUUAGUUAGAGAAGACAGGAGACCUACGUGGUAUAACACUGAAUAGGAGGCCACAUAGGGAAAAAAAUAGCACAUUUUGGAAAGAAGUAACAGUGAGCUUCAUAUGCUGUGGCAGAACCAACGCAGAGAGGACCAUGGUUCAAGCAUUUCUUCAUAAAACUUCCACAAUGCUUUGCCAGCUGUGAUUGUACCCAUCUUUUUAGGGUUGUAUUUACCACUGAACAGUGUUUGUGUGUUCUUAUGUAAGUAUGUUUUUGUUUGAUGUAUGUGUGAGGCAGUGUAGGGGUGUGUUUGUAUGUAGUGUUGGAGGCUGGCUGUAGUUGAUCACUCUCCCCCUUUUCUUUGCCUUCUUCUGUUUCACUGCUUAAUACUUUGCCAUUUAGGAGUUAAAUCACUUUUGUUUCUGUUUAUGCAGUCCUAGCCACACCUCCUUGGCUGUAACUCACACAGCCUGCAUACAAAUAUGGUUUUUAAUCACUUGUUAACUUACUUUCAAAUUUUUUUAUCUCCUGCUCUGUAAAUUGAACUUUUUAAUCACACACAGGAGGUUACUGUAAGAUCUAGCAGGAUAUUAACAGUGCAGGCGAUACAUUCUAAAUUUAACAAACUGUGGAAUAAAGUUUUAUCUUAUAAAUUACUUUACAGGAAGUGUUUAGGAAGGGUGUGCAUAUUCCAUGCAUGGAGGUGUGACUAGGCCUGUAUAAACAAAGUGAUUUAACUCCUAAAUGGCAAAUAAUUGAGCAGUGAGACUGCAGGGUCCACCAUUGUUUGGAUUUUGGUAUGGGCUAGUUCACCAAAAUGCUGGUAUUCUCAGGCUACCCCAGUGGGAUAUUUCCUGGUGGACUGCAGUAUCUGGGUGAGAGCAGCCAGCCAUACUAUGAUAAGUAUGUAUGAUAUCCUUGGAGGCAUUAACAAGUGAUUAGAUGAGGAAAAGAGACAUUGGUCAUGCUGGCACUGAAAUUGUAGCAUGUAGGCAUAAACAAAUCUCUAUGGAUGCUCCUUUGUACUGUGAAAAUGGAAGAUAUAGGGUGUUGUAAAUUUAUUAUGGUUAUUCUAUGAAAAAGAGGCACUUGGUCAUAGGACCUGCAUUUUGUUAUGCUCAGUUUUCGUUCAUCUGGGCAGAGUUGGGUCAGAAUUAGAUAUCAUUCAUUUUUAUGUGUCUUUAAGAGAUGAUGUGAAAUGUAGAUCCCAUGAUCAAACUACAUUUAUUACUAGUGGUUUGAUAUAUUUAUCGAAAAAGGCAAUUUAAAGACUUAUGCACAGCAAAAAAAUAAUAGUUUUAUCGAUCUGAUUAUUCUGAAUAAAAAUGUUGGUUUCGUCCAUACGGCAGUUAGGUUCAGAUGAAUUUUGUCAAUGCAAUCAUUUUAGGAGAAACACUUUAAAAGUGCAAGUUAAUAACAUGGUAGCUCCCCAGUGCUUGCUAGGCAGCCCACACAUUACAAUGUUAAAAGUAAUAAUAAUAAGAAAGCCUAUGGGGUUUAAAACCCUAUAUUAGUACAGUGGAGGUGUAAUACAUUCUUUACACCUCCACCCAUCAUUCCCUGGGUGGAAGCAUGUCUACUAAUAGCCUUCAGCUGCUCACUGUUUUUAAAAAGUAGGAACUAGUCCCUAUGAAUGGAUCCAUCAUAUAGGGAUGCGACCGGGAAAAUACGUGGGGAGUCCUAGCACAAGACCAACCAUGGUCAUCCAGUGGGGGGCUUAAAAUUCAAUUAUGCAGGGUGAACAGCUCACUGUCCACCCCCCAAAUCCCACAGUGGCUAGUGGGUGCGGUGUCUAUAAAAAAAACAUAACAGAACAUCCUGAACAGUCAUGUGUGGCUAGUGGGGGCUCUAAAAUGUAACUUGGGGAUACUAAACAGUCCUUCCUAGUCUCCGCCAACAUGCAAUGGUUGGGGGCUAUUACUAUAAUAACUGGAUGGGACAAUCAAUUGCUCCCACAGCUCCCUCCCAUGGGUGGUGGGUGGUGGCCAUGUUAAAAUGAAUAGGCUUUGGUUGGGGGCAUAUUAAAAGAAACAGGGAGUGGUCAUGCAUGAAACAAUAUUCAGAAAUAAUAGGAAUUUCAGUACAGUAAGAUCUUUUUUGUUUCUUUAAAAUAUCACUUGUUUUGUCUUUGCUACAGGUCAGUAAAGAGACUUCCUCUCAAAAACAAUGACAAGUAAGUAUUUCAUUGAAAUACCUCAAAAGAAAUUAGUAUAAAAAAGCCAUUGAUUCUCUAAAAUUUCCAUACUAGAAUGACACAUGCAGAAAGAUAUAAUUCCAUCAUUGAUUGAAAAAUAUCUGUGAUGAUAAAGUUACCAGAAGUACUCAACCCCUGAAAUUAAAUUAAAUUAUUUUAAUUAAAAUUGAGAACCCAUGUUUGUAGUCAGUGGCAUACACACAAUCCAUGGGGCCCCCCUCACCUCUCACCCCUUCCCUGCCCCAAUCCGUGGGCCCCCCAACACAUACAUAGACACAAACACAUACACAGAGACACCCCCCGACAGACACAUACAGACACACACAUACAUACACACAGACAAACACACACAUACACACAUACAGAGACACACACACACAUACAGAGAAACACACACAGACACACACAAAACAGAGACACACAUACAGAGACACACACACACACACACAUAUAUAGAGACACAAACAUACAGAGACACAGAUACAUACAGAGACACACAUACAGAAACACAUUUACAUACAAACACACACAUACACAAAAUGCUUCCUACCUUUUGUUACUUUCCCUGGGGUCCAAUGGUGGCUCAGCCUGAUGGCAGUCAGAGUUCCCACUAUGACUCCCUCCUCCUUCCUGCUUCCUCCCGCGCGGUCUCUCUGUAUGCUGGGAGGAGUGACCGGGUAGUUACUUCGUCCCAGCAUUGUCAUCAGAGGGGGCCCAGUCGCGCUGUGAAAGCGCCCAGUGCAGACUGGGCCCCCUCACAAUCCAUUUCCAUGAGGUGGCCCUGACAGCAUGGACCACCCGAUGGACCCCUUAACAUGCAGCCCCAGUGGUUUGCGGCACGGGCCGGGGCCGCAAAACUUGGCAGCUGGUACCCAGUCGCGGGGGUCCGCAGUGGGGCCGGGCCACCUGGAGUGACUGCCCCGGUUGCAGCUGUGACCCCUGCGGCCGUGGUAUGUUAGACGCUGUUCGUAGUGACACCUUUGAAAACCAAGGGGAAAAAAAACAAAAUAGGUUUAUUCUUCACUAAACCAUUAAUUGUGGAGCAAUUGAAGGGAAAUUACAAAUGUUGGGCAAACACAGCCAACCUGAAAAAGGAUCUUAGUUAGAGAACGUUUCAGUAGUUGGUAUCAAUAACUGCCAUUUUUUCCUACUAGAAAAUAUCAACUAAAAAUUGUCUCAGCCGUAAAUGUGAGCAUCGGUACUGGACCGUGGAGCAAUGGAAGAAUUUGCUUGGUCUGAUGAAUCACAUUUUGUUUUAGAUCAGGUGGAUGGCUGUGUGCAUCGUUCACCGGGGGAGGAGAGGGCAGCAGGAUGCACUAUGGGAAGAAGGCAGACGGUGGAAGCAUCAUGUGGAUGCUACUUGACACAUACCACCUAUCUAAAGAUUCUUGCAGACCACGUACACGCCUUAAUGGAAAUGAUGUUCCCUGAAGCCAGUGACCUCUUUUAGCAGUUUAAUACACCCUGCCGCACUGCAAAAAUUGCUCAGGAAUGAUUUUCCUUGUCACCCAUAUUUCCCAGAUCUCAAUCUGAUUGAGCAUCUCUGGGAUGUGCUGGAACAACAAAUCGGAUCAAUGGAGGUCCCACGUCACCACAUUUAUUCUGCAGCCUGAGCCCACUCAUAACAUGCAAAAAAAUGCUGGCGCAAGAUGUAAAAUAGAUUAACUUAUUGAAUCUAUUUUAGUCUGAAGCCCUUAGAGGCUGUCUAAAUGAAAGCUGCAAGAAAAGUGGAGAUUGCAAAAUAAGUGCAAAGUAAGAAGGUCAGCAGCUGUGCCCCAAAAUCAGUUUACUAAGAUUAAAGGGUUACUCCAACCAAAUAAAAGAUUUUUUUAAUAAAAGAGUAACCCUUGGUCCUUCUGACAAACUGUAAAAAAAUAAAGGAAAUACAAGAAAUUACCUCCAUUCCAUCGCUUUGUCCAAGUUCUCCCCUCAGCAUGAUGCUUUUUGGGUGACAUUACUCCCCCAUUGCCAAAGGGGAGGGAGGUCAGGGACAAUGGGGCUUUAUAUGGGGGUGGGGUGCAGAGUCUGUCUAGUACUAGCAUGUUGUGAGUGAAAGUGUGAGACACUAGUUUGCACAUAAUUUAUAUUAGCCAGCUUACCUCCAUCAGCUAAGGGGUUAUCAAGUUUAAUGCCAAAAUAGCUGGAAGUAUGGCUGACUUAGAUAAUUCUUAAAUUCACUUAGUUCCUGACAAUUUUCAUUUUAGUAAAUCAUACUGAUGGUAUCCUUUAGAAGCAAACUAUGUACAUAAUUGCAUGUUAUCCAUAUAUUAAAUAAACAUUGUGCUAAUUAUGCUUAUUUCUUUUUAUAAAAAUAACUUGGUAAUUACCGGAUAUACUCGUGAAUAAGUCGAUCUAAUGUAUAAGUCGAGUGCAGUUUUGUGACCAACAAUUGUGAAAUAUGCUAUGCCUCGUGGAUAAGUCGAGGGUAAAACUUGGGGCUAUGAAAUUCUGUGAUUUUUAUAAUUAUAUACACACACACACACUUAUACAAACACACACUCUGCAUUAUACACACACACACUCAUACAAAAACACACUCUGCAUUAUAUAUAUAUACACACACACUCAUGCAAACACACACUCUGCAUUAUAUACACACACUCUGUGUAUAUAAUGCAGAGUGUGUGUUUGUGUAGUCUGUGUGAACUGGGUGGGGGGAGGGCAUUUUUAUUAUAUAAAAAAAAAAUUUAUUUUAUUUUUUUAUUAUUUUAAUUUUAUUUUGUCCCCCCUCCCUGCUUGUUAACUGGUCAGGGAGGAGGGCUAUCUUAAUCCCUGGUGGUCCAGUGGCAUGGGCUGUGAAGUGGGGGGGGCCGGCAGGAAGCAUUUACUUACCUUUCCUGCAGCUCCUGUCAGCUCCCUUCUCCUCCGUUACAGUCACCUCCACUGUAAGUCUCGCGGUCUGGUUGCCGCACGGAUCGUUGCCAUGGCUCUGACAGCCGCGGCUCUCUAAAUUGCCAUAAUACAGACAGUGACUCGAGUAUAAGUCGAGUGGGGGUUUUUAAGCACAAAAAAUGUGCUGAAAAACUAGACUUAUACUCGAGUAUAUACUGUAAGUAGUUAAAUGUCUGAUUAUGUCAGCUGAAAUCAAAUAAACAAAGUUUAGGCUAAAAUAGCUGAGCUGUAAAAUUAUCUCCAUCAUUGGAAUUGAAGAUAUUUUUGUUCAGCUAAACUAUUUAUCAUUUAUUUUGCAAGUUUGCUCUCAGCUAACUAGAACUCUUUGUUACAUCUCUCUCUCUCUCUUAUAGAUAGGUACGGAAAAAUUUGGACACUGACACAAUUUUCAUACCACAGUGGAUUUCAUAUGAAACAACCAGGAUGCAAUUGAAGUGCAGGUUUUCAGCUUUAAUUCAAGGGUUUGAACAAAAAUAUCACAUGAAACGUUCAGGAAUUGCAACCAUUUUCAUACACAAUUCCCUUAUUUCAGGGGAUCAAAUGCAAUUGGACAAAUUAACACAAUCAUAAAUAAAAUGUAAAUUUUUAUUAAAUUAUCAAGAAUUCUUUACAGGCAAUGACUGGUUGAAGUUUAGAACAAAUGGACAUCACCAAACACUGGGUUUCAUCCUUCAAUUGUUCGUUUGUGGGUCUUUCUGUCUUAUGUUUUAUCUUCAGCAAGUGAAAUGCAUACUCAAUAAAGUUGAGAUCAGGUGGUUCACUUGGCCAUUGCAGAGUAUUUCAUCACUUUCAUAGGAUGUUUUGGGUUAUAGUCCAUCUAUAAAUAAAGAGCCAUCCAAUCAACUUCACUCCAUUUGACUUAAUCUGAGCAGACAACAUAUGCCUAUACACUUCAGAAUCUGGCUGCUUCUUUCUUCUGUCACAUCAUCAAUAAACACUAGUAAAGCAGUGCCAUUGGACAUCAUGCAUUCCCAUUCCAUCACACUGCCUCCACCGUGUUUUACAGAUUAUGUGGUAUGCUUCCGAUCAUGAGCCAUUCCAAGUCUUCUCCAUACUUUUUUCUUCCAGUCAUUCUGGUACAGAUUCAUCUUAGUUUUAUAUGUCCAAAGAAACUGUUCCAAAACUGAGAUGGCUUUUCAAGAUGUUCUUUUGGCAAAAUCUAAUCUGGCCUUUCUAUUCUUGAGGCUUGUAAAUAGUUUGCACCUUGUGGUGAACCCUCUGUAUUUGCUCUUGUGAAGUCUUCUCUUUAUGGUGGGCUUAGAUAAUGACAUGCCUACCUCCUGGAGAGUGUUCUUCACUUGGUUGGAUGUUGUGAAGGGGUAUUUUCUUUUUCCAAGGAAAGGAUACACCACUGUUGUUUUCCAGUGACGUCCAGGCCUUUCUGUGUUGCAGAGCUCACCAGUGCAUUCUAUUUCUUUUAGAAUGUUAAUUUGAUCACUCCUAAUGUUUCUGCUAUCUCUCUGAUAAUUUUUUUAUUUUAUUUCUGAAGGCUAAGGAAGGCCUGUUUCACUUGCAUUGAGAUGAUCGCAUGUUGUGGGUUUAUAUCAACAGCUUCCAAAUUUCAAUGCCACACCUCAAAUCAACUCCAGACCUUUUACCUUCUUAAUUGAUUAGGAAAUACCAAAAGGAUAGCCCACACCUGUCCAUGAAACAGCUUUUGAGUCAAUUGUCCAAUUACUGAAUUUAUUUUGUUAAAGGACCACUCUAGGCACCCAGACCACUUCAGCUUAAUGAAGUGGUCUGGGUGCCAGGUCCCUCUAGGAUUAACCCUUUUUUUGUUUAUAAUAGGGUUAAUUUAGCCUCCAAAGCCUCUAGUGGCUGUCUCAUUGACAGCCGCUAGAGGCGUUUGCGUGCUUCUCACUGUGAAAAUCACAGUGAGAAGAUGCCAGCGUCCAUAGGAAAGCAUUGUAAAUGCUUUCCUAUGAGACCGGCUGAAUGUGCAUGCAGCUCCUGCCGCUCAUGCGCAUUCAGCCGAAGAGGAGGAUCGGAGGCGGAGAGGAGGAGGAGAGCUCCCCGCCCGGCGCUGGAGAAAAGGUAUGUUUAACCCCUUUCCUCUCCCCAGAGCCUGGCGGGAGGGGUACCCUGAGGGUGAGGGCCCCCUCAGGGCACUAUAGAGCCAGGAAAAACUAGUAUGUUUUCCUGGCACUAUAGUGGUCCUUUAAACAGCCUAAAUUACAAGACUUGUAUCAGUGGAAAAAUAUUUCCAGACCUAACUGUAUAUGUAUAUUAAAUAUUUUAUUGAAAAUUUUUUUUUUCUUCAAUGUACUCAUGUCUGACUUUUGUUACAGUUUAUCUCUAUCCAGUUGUUCAUCCAUUAGACUUGCAAAGGAAUAUAUAAGGCCGUUUGCUGAAUUUGAUCUGAAUCUUUAUCAAAGCCAAGAGAGGUUUAGCAAUGAGCAAUGUUUUUGUAUUUUUUAAAGAAAUAUGGGUUACUAUUUGUUAAAGUGAACUUUCACUAUAAACUAUGCCAUUAACUAUCAGUACACUCCAUAUAUACCUCAUAUAUAUCAUGGGUAUCAUUAUUAUGAUAACACAGCACAAUAAAAAGCUGUUCUUGUUUGAAAAUAUAAUUUAAAGUAGCACACCUGCUUUUUUCAGAGGCCACAUUGGUAAUUAAAAAUAAAUGAAAUAAAAAAUAAAAGGAGGUAAUAGUUGUAUAACCCAAUAAUGAGGAGAAAAUUGCUGGUAUUUUUCCCUGAUAGGCUCACUACUGGUAACCUGAAGUUUCACACUGUUUAUGUGCGAUAUAUGUCUUCUCUAGCCAUAAAUACAGUAACAGUGUUACUCUCAAAAGUCUUAGUUCCUUAAAUGGACACUUUGGCCACCAAUGCAACUUUUAAUGUAUUUAAUAGAUUUUGGUCUCAAUAAUAUGCUAUAUUUUUGCAUGCUCAAAUAUUUAUAGUUUUUGCACAAAUAAUAAAUAUUUUGCAAAAUGCUGCAUUAGAUGCCUUUCUACUUAGCCACGUCCCCUCAUGCCAGGAAAACUUCCUUACCAGUAUAGGUGCACAACUUAGACCAGGCAUAGGCAACCUUCUGCACUCCAGAUGUUUUGGACUACACCUCCCAUGAUGCUUUGCCAGCAAUAUGGGUGUAAGAGUAUUAUGGAAGAUGUAGUCCAAAACAUCUGGAGUGCCGAAGGUUGCCUAUCCCUGGCUUAGACAGUCAGAGACACUAUAGACAACUAUCGACAAACUAGUAUUGCUGCCGUGUAUUUCAGAUCACUUAGUGCUGUCAAUGGUUGAGUGUAUAUAUACAUUUGUUUAAAAAAAAAAAAAAAAAGUAUUAAAGUUCUUUGGUGCCUGAAGUGUCCUUUUAAGAAAUAAAUAAAAAUAAUAAAAAAUACAAGUGAGAAUAAUCUGUUUCCAGGAAACAACUCCUUCCUUUUGAGGGCAGAGGAAAGAAAAUGGAGAAGUAAACUACAGUAUUUGCCUUAUUCCAUGAUGUGGAAUGAUAAAUCAGAACUGCCUCACACAGUUGAAAAGAGAUACAGAGUACUGAUGUAAGUACAGCAACACUAAAGCUGCGAAAGAACAAGAUAUAAGAGAAAAAGUAAACUGUUGUGUUGGAGAGAGUGUACAAUCCACAUAUGUACAUCUAGAGAUAUAGAGAGCCAGCACUUUACUUACACACACAGACAGACAGACACACACACACACACACACAAACAAUAGUAGAUAUAUGUCAUCCCAUUAUUGCAUAAUUUUCAAAUAUGCAUUCACAAACGAAGUUCAAAAACACUGAGCAAGAUGUCUGACAUUGUAACUAUAUUGUUCACAUUUGCCUUCUGUCAGAACAAGUCAUUAAUAAUAAUUUAUCCCCCUGCACUUAUUCUGCAAUUAUUUGCCAAAUAUAUAAAUCUAAACAGUAUAUAUAUUUUGUAUAUUUACUAGACUGAAUUAUAAUUUGUCCUAAUUUGUCCCUAAAUAACAUUCUAUGCACAAAAUUGUUGUUUUGUCUUUAUAAUGUGAUCCUGCUAUGCUUAAUGUGUCCAAUAAAAUAUAUGAAUUCCAUACAACCAACACAA